AUGGAGCAGAAGCCGCCGGGUGUAGACGGGAAGUUCAGCUCGCUCGAUGAGCUGCAGCGGCAGUUGAACGAAGAUUUCGCUCAAACGCUCGGACCGAUGACUUCACCUCAGCACAUGGCCACUGCAGCCACAUCACCAGCAGCAGCAUCAGCAGCCGCGGCAGCACCGGGAUCAUCAUCUGGAGCGAGUGCAACGAUCGCUACCACCAUCAGCACCAUUGUGCUCCAGGGUGGUCCACUGCAGCUGGUUGUGGCGAUUCUGAAGAGUGGAGAAAAACUGUACAUAAAGGUGGCGGAUCUGCUACCAAAGUUCACAUUUCUCGGUCCCAGUUUGGAUGAUGCACUAAAGCUCCAGAACCAACACGAUGAAUUAUUACGACAGAUACAGAACAUGCCUACACCGCUGGAAGAGUUCUAUCGAAAAAUACAGGAAAAGAUUGCAUCCAACGAAAGACCCAACCCGACACUGAUCGAAGAGAUGGCCGCCUCGCUGAAUGCGGUGUGGCACGACAUCAAGCAGAUGCUUGCCGAACGUCGAGAGAUCGUCGUAUUGAACGUGGCCUUUUUCGAGCGGCUGGGCGAAGCCUACGGGAAAAUGUCCUCCCUGGAGGUGGCCUGCAACGAUACGAUGAUCCCGAUCGAAAUCGACGCGGUGCGAGAGUUCCUGGAGUCGUUCCGGGAUUUGCGCGGUGACAUGCUCGGUGCAGUAGCGACAACACUUAAGGCAGGUCAGCAAAUGUUGGACCGGUUGCGAGUGCUUGCCGACAUAGGAACACUCGAUUCCCGCCCGAACCACAUCAAACUGGACGCGGUGCAAGCGAUCGGUCAGGUGGAGGCGUGGCUAGAAGAUCUCUCGAACAGACGAAACCAGCUGGAACAGGCGUGGAUCUCGCGCAAGACACAGCUCGAGCAGUGCCUUACGUUAGCCAUUCUAGCGAAGCAGCUGGAAGAGAUUGAGCAGUGUCUUACUCGCGUACGCAGUCAGACGCUGAGCUCGUUUACACUCGGGGACUCAGCGCAACAGGCCGGUGAUCUGCUAGAAACGUACCAAAAUCUCAAGUCGGAAGCCGCCUUACUUCGUGACAAGGCGCUGAAGAUCACCAGAACUACCGAAGAGCUGCUUACGAGUGGAUGCUUUGCUGGUGAUGAAGCGUGCGCCAAAGCGUACUCCGUACUGAACGCUUGCUCGGAGCAUCUGGAAGAGAUCGAUCACCGAGAGUCCUUGUUGGGCCAGUCGCGUGAAUUCUUUACCCGUGCGAGUGCAAUUCUUAAGCGACUGGAUCAGGUGGAACUGGAAGUGGCCGGAACACCCAUCAGACCGGCGUCACCAAACGAUCUACCGGCGCAUCAGAAACUGCUGCAGGACAUCCGUGAGACGAUCGGGGAGGUACUGCAGACGGGAUAUUCGCUGGUGGAUGAUGUUGGACGCACCAAACCGGAGGUGGCCGGCGUACAGACCAUGAUCGAGCGUAUCGAGCAAAGGAAGCUGCACUUCGAACGUUACUGCAACGAGGAAAGCGAGCGAAAUGUUCGAACGGCACAGGCAUUGAACGAUUUCCUGGAACGAUACGGUCAACUGUUCGCCUGGCUCGAGGAGGCGCGCGAUGAACGGCUUGUUCGUGGCAGUGCCAUCCACUAUAUGGGUGAAAAUGUGGUUGAAGCGAAAGAUUGUCUGCUGCUUCAUCACCAGUUUCUGAAUGAUCUCGAGAUCAAAGGCAACGCUAUUAAUAACUUGCUCGUACGGUUGACGCCCAGCCUGGAGCAUCUUGCCGACGAGCAGCGUGAUGACGUGCAGCGUAAGAUCGAUCUCAUCCGUCAGCAUUGGAUCGCGCUGAAGAACUGCGUCAUCGAGCGGGUUGACCUGCUGAAGCUGUACAUCCGCUUCCACCAGGAAGCGGAAACGUUGCGCAACCAGUUCGAUGCCCACGCCAUCCAGUUCGCCACGUUCAAGGACAACCCGGCGGACCAUUCGCUCAUCCUGGCAGCUAUCGCGAACAUCCGCCAGACGCUGGAGAGCCUGCGCCCGCUUGGUGGGCAGUGUCUUGAUCAGCUGCAGCAGAUCGGGGACGCAUACUUGCAGAAAACUCGCGCAGCGCAGUGCGUCGAGCGGACACUCGCCGAAUUUGCCGAUCGUCAGUCGGCCGUCAGUAAUGAGUGGGAAAGCUGGAACAGUCGACGACGCACGGAGACCACAUUGAAGGAAAUCAUGGCUGCCAACAUGGAGACAUUGGCUGUGGCGUCGAAGCUGGAGGAACAGCUGUAUCCAAUCUUUAGCACCGCGCUCGACAACCCGUCCGAUCUGGUCGAGUUCAUCGGCCGCAAACGGGCUCAGCUGCAGCAGGAUGUUAAAGCUGCCGAGGCGGAUCUGACGCAGCGCUUCGAUACAAUCGCACAGCUGGAGCUGGCGGGUGAUGCCGGCACCGAGCAGGACAUAGUGGCGGUGAAGAACAAUCUCAACUCUAUCAAGACAAAGCUCUUCUCGCUGGGAGCCGACUUUGGUGAGCUGUCAGACGCGACCGAACACUUCCUGCGCUCGAUCAUGCAGUGCCGUGAUAGUAUCCGGGAGUACUUCGGUACCAAGCACGUGGUAACCGAUCCGGGCAGUGUUGAAGCGAUCGCCGAAGGCUACGAACAGUUUAAGCAGGCUACGAUGGAGCAUUUCCGUGGUUUGCUGCAGCAGAGUGAGCAGAUCAUUGAGCGAGUGAAAGCGUUGGAGCCACCGGGGGCUCGGGAGCUUGAUACGGACAAGAUCAUCACACUGCUGGAGAACUUGCGCACGUACUUUGAGUCGCAGACAGAGUCGGAGAACUGUGAGCUGAAGAAGCAGCACAGUGUGCUGGCCUUUGAUCGUGAGUUGAGUGAGGUGCGUGCUGCGUUGCGUGCGGAAGUUGAUCGACUGGAGCGUGGACGGGGCCAGUAUGGUGAAAAUGUGGGUGACGCUCAAAGAACCAGAAUCGCUUUUGAGGAACAUGCAACUGCACUGCAGGACCUUGAGCGUCGAAUCGAUGCAUUUAUCAACACAGGAACGGAGCUGGUACGUCAGUAUCCCGAGACAAGCCCAUACAUCGAGUCGGAAACGCACAAGAUACGUAACGAAUGGACCGACCUACUACGCAAGCUGGACGAACAUCGUCAACUGUACAGUAUCGCGAUCGAAUACUUCGAGUUAAUAACCACGAUUGAGAAUCAUUAUCGCACACUGAAUGCGGAACUGAUUAAUGCCAACAAUAAGCUCACCAUACUGAACAACGUGGACGUGGCAAACGAUCUGGUUGCCCAGGUGGACGAUACGAUUCGUACGCAUGAGACACGGCAGCUGGAUGCGUUGAAAAAGAUUGCCAACCUGUCGGCACAGCUGUACGGUUCCGAUAGGACCGUCACCUUGUACACGGAAAAUACGAUACUUUUCCAAACGUUCUACAAGAUCAAAACGGAGGUGUAUGAGCGAUCGAAGGAGCUAGCAGAGCAGCAGGCACGACGCGAUGAGCAGCAGCGUCAAGAGCAGCAGCAGCGUGAGCAGGAACAGCAACGCUUGGAGCAGUUGCAGCGAGAACAGGAACAGCAACAGCAGGAGCAGUUGCAGAGGGAUCAAGAACAACAACGUUUGGAGCAGUUGCAGCGUGAACAGGAACAGCAACGCUUGGAGCAGCUGCAGAGGGAUCAAGAGCAGGAACAGCAACGGCUAGAACAGUUACAGCGGGAGCAGGAACAGGAGCAGGAGCGAUUGGCACAGCUUCAAAGGGAGCAGGAACAAGAGCAACAGCGUUUGCAGCAAUUAAAGAGAGAGCAAGAGGAUGAACAACAGCGUCUAGAGUUGCUAAAACGAGAACAGGAACAGGAACAACUACGUUUAGAACAGUUAAAGCUAGAACAAGAGCAAGAGCAACAACGUCUGCAACAGCUGAAGCGAGAGCAAGAGCAAGAACAGCUACGAAUGGAGCAACGUCAGCGCGACGCAGAGCUAGCAACGCGUAAUGAACAGGAAGUGACUGUCGUGGAGGAUGUGAAAAUCACCACCACAACUUCCCACUCCACUUUACCGCAUCAGCAACAGUCGUUCGAUGUGCAAACCAUCGACGAAGAACAAUACCUGCAGGAGCCACAAGUUCCGUUGGUCAUACAAACCGUCGAGGAGCAGGUACACGAGCAAAUUCAUGAAGUCGUAACCACCAGACAGCCGGAAGCGAGCUUGCGCGUGAUUCAACCCCUGGCCGAUGUGUGCGUGCAGGAAGGGCAGCGUGUGCGUCUGCAGUGUGUAGUGGCGGGCGUACCAGAUCCAACGAUCGAGUGGUACAAGAACGGCAUCAGCGUCCAGGGCAAUCCCGACUAUCGGACCAGCUUCGAUCCGGCCAGUGGUGUGUGUACGCUGAUGAUCGACGAAACCGUCACUGCGGACAGUGCAGAUAUUCUGUGUCGCAUUGCCAACGAAGCUGGCAUUGCUGAUACGUCCGCCCGUUUGCUCGUGACGGAGGCUCCACCGCCACCAAAGCCCGUCGGUACGGCACCAACGUUCACCAUGCGUCUUCUAGAUGGAGGCGUUGCACAGGAGGGUCAACCGUUCCAGUACGAUUGUGUUGUCAGUGGUCAACCGACACCGGCCGUACAUUGGUACAAGAGUGAUCAGUGCAUCGAUGGUUCGCCCGACUAUCGUCAGUCGUAUGAUCCUGCUUCGGGCGUGGCGUCCUUGCGCAUCGAGCAGGUCUACCUUGAGGAUCAGACGCAUUACACCUGCCGGGCGGUGAACGAUUGUGGAUCGGACGAAACGAGCACGUUUCUCACGGUCAAGCCGCUGGAACCGACCGAAUUUCCCGACUUCCCGGAACCGCUGUCCAAUGUGAUGGCGCGAGUGGGACAAAAGAUACGGCUUGAGGCGAAAGUCAGCGGUACACCGCAGCCGGAGCUUAUGUGGACGCACGAUGGCAAACACUUCACCAACCGUGAGGUUAAAUUCUUCUACGAAAACGGCCGAGCGCAAUUGGUCAUAGACGAGGCAUUCCUGAAGGAUGCUGGUGUCUACACGCUGACCGCCAAGAAUAUCGCCGGUGAAAAGUGCUGCUCGUGUAAUGUGGUGGUGAAGGGUCGGCUACCGAACGAAACCAGCGACUCGGAACUAGCAAGCGAUAUGGAGCCAGUGAAGCCCGCGGUGCAGCUGCCGUUGCGGGAUGUGUCAGUGUUCGAGGGUAAACCAGUGCGGCUGGACUGUGUGAUUGUGGGCCAGCCGGAGCCGGAGGUGAUUUGGUAUCAUGGCGAGCGGCCAGUGAAGGAGUCGACCGACUUUCAGCUACUCUUCCAGGGCGAUCGCUGCUCGCUGGUGAUCCGCGAGGCCUUCCUCGAGGACGCGGGCGAGUACCGGGUGGUCGCUAUUAAUAGCGCGGGUGAGGCGUCGAGCCAAUGCUCGGUGUUGGUCACACCGCUGAACACGGCCGAACCGGCGGUACGGCAGCCGGCCGAGCGUGUGCUGCCGGUGGUCGGUGCACCGCCGCGCUUCGAACGGCUGCUAAGCGACAUCCUCGCGGACGAAGGUGAGCGGGUGCAGUUUGAGUGUGCUGUGAGUGCGGACCCGCGGCCAACCAUCCGGUGGUUCGUGAACAACCGCGAAAUCCCAACCGAUGUGACCGUGUCACCGCGCGUACACUGUGUGGUGCGCGACGACGGUGUAGUGAAGCUGAUCAUCGAACGGGUACUGCCGGACGAUAAGGGUGUCUACACGGUGAAGGCCGCCAACGUGUCCGGCGAGGCAAAGUGUUUCUCCAACCUGAUCGUGAAGACGAUCAACGCGCCCGAAUUCGAGGCGGUGAGCACGCCCGCCUUCCUAACCGAGAGUGUGGUAUGUCCGACGUUCCGUGAGCUGUUUGCGGAUCGUGUCGUACGUCAGCACGAGCCGACCAAGUUCGAGUGUAUUGUGAUCGGCAAACCACAGCCGAAGAUACGCUGGUUCUUCAAUGAUCAGCCAGUGCAAGGCCAUGAUUUCCUCGUGUCGACCAGCGGCGAUCGACAGGUGCUCACCAUACCCGAGGUCCGUCCGGAGCUUACCGGUAAGAUCACCUGUUACGCGGAGAACGAAGCGGGCAAUGCACAAUGCGUCGCGAUCGUACAGCUUCUCGAGCAGCUAGGCUCGGAGCAGCUUCUCGGACCUGCUCCGAUGCCGGAACUAAACCUACCGCUGACCGAAUCGAUGCAGCAGGUCGACACGACCGGUUCCUCGUGUGUGACACUUCAGAAGCACGUUACAACCAGCUCAUCAUCAUCCUAUUCCUCCUCUUCGAUGGCCACCAUCCAGCAAAACGGUGUGGCUCACACCCACUCGGAGGUUCAUGCAGAGUCGGCAAAAUUGGAUCGCUCGUUCCACCAAGAAGGCGACCAAGCCCCGCAAGUGGCUGAAGCAACAGAGCAUCAGCGCUACGAUAAGGUGAACGAUCAACCACCGACCGUACAGCACGAGGCGUCCUCGUACGUCGGUGUCGCUCCGAACCUCGAAUCGAUCAUUGCAAACUCGGGCCAGAUCAGCACGGGCAAACCGGCGAGACGCAACAUGGCGCCACGGUUUGUGACGCCAUUCAACGGCAAGAUCGUCGACCAAGGUGCUGACGUCCUCAUCGAGGGCAUUGUCGAUGGGUAUCCGACACCCGAGGUUCACGUCACGAAGAAUGACGUUGAGCUGCAGCCGGAUGGGGAGCGAAUCCAGGUGUCCUACUCGCUCAACAAAAUCGUCGUCGAACUGCGCAAUGUAUCGCCGCUCGAUGCGGGCCGAUAUACGGCCACGGCUUCGAAUGCGGCUGGAGCUUCUACCACUACGGCGGAUCUGGUAGUCAAAAAAUCCAUCUUUCCGCCAGUGUUUGGCAGACGGCUGCAGGCGCAAACCGCCCGCAACGGUGAUCGGAUCGUGCUGGACGUGGAAGUGUCCGGCACGCCCGAACCAAGCGUCGCCUGGUUCAAGGAUGGCCGCUCGGUUCAGGAUGCGCUCGCACCGGGCAGUUACGCACUGCAGCAGGUGGGCUGCUGCUUUAAGCUGAUCUUCGAGCAGGUCACAAUGGCCGACACGGGCAAGUACAUGGUGGUGGCAACGAAUGCCGGCGGCGAAGCGCAAAGCACGGCCGACAUUGCCGUGUUGCAGUGUGAAAGUGCGGCACAGCCGGCACCACAACCCGCGCCCCAGAAACAUGUCUCGUUCGUGGACAUGGUUCAGCAGCAGCAGCCCCGUUCGGAUGAGGCGUUCGAAGGCGAGGGUGGUGGUUUCAGUGCCCGGCAGGAGUACGCGAGCGAGGCGAAGCUGCACGGACCGACGACGGAGUCGACGAUCGUCACGGAGACGCGCCGCACGACCGAGGCGACGAUGCGCAUGGAGCACAAGAUCAGCUUCCCCGAUCUGCCGGUGCGUUUCUCGCAACGCACGCAAACGCCCACGGUGCCGACGGUGACCGAGGGCACGAGUCCGAUUGCUGACCCGUCGGCGCACCAGAGCAUGGGCACCAAUACCGAGCACGUACCGACCCGGUCGGACGCAACGCAGACGGUGACGGUCGACGUACCGAUUGCACCAACACCGGCGCAACACGCACCGGCACCGGCUCAGCCACCGACGAUGGCGAACGUUCGGCUCCCAGCUCAGUCCGAAUCGAAACGGGAGAGUAGCAGCAUCAGCAGCAGUACCACCGUUGUGCGCGAUCGACCGAAGUCAUUCGAACCUCUGUUGCAGCAGCCGCCACCGCCGGUCAACGGUGAUCUCACGGCACAGUUGCCGAUAUACCAGCAACCCGCACCAGCAGCUGCCACCAACGCACCAACCCCGACCCAGAUGUACUCAUCCUUCUCCUCAACGCAGCAGUUCCAAGCGUCGUCGACGCUGGCACAGCAGCAAUACUCGCAGUCUUCGAUGCAGUACCAACCGUUCAAGCCGUCGCUCGCUGUGGAGGCACCUGUUCGUGCACCUUCACCAGCCCCGGUGCCGACCUUCGUACCGAGUCAGGCAGCGCCCCCACCAACCCAGAGCUUCCCACCGAAGAUUACUCCCUUCAAGCCGACUCCAGCUCCUUCUGCUGCACCGUCGAUGUUCACUGCGCCAGCACCAGCGCCAGUGUCUGUUCCGGUUCCAGCUGCUGUUCAGCCAUUCAACGCAGCAGCACCUGCACCAAGCUGCACGUUGACUCCGAUUGCUGGAGCUACUCCAGCCUUCCUGGCUGGUCCGUCCUACAACCAGACGCCGCAACCGUUUAAGCCGCUUCCGCCACCUACUAUUACGCCUAGCGCACUAGGUGCCUCCACUCCAGCUGCUGCUCCGCAACCGGAUGCGUUUAGCCAGGCAACGUACGCUCCACAACAGCCGCAACCGCAAGCAUACGCACCACCGGCUCCAGAGCCUACUGGUCCGAUUUCAUUGCCUCCGUAUCAGGAGCCACUUUCGUUCUCUUCGCAACCUACCGUGGAGCCACUGUAUCCUGGUCAGCUGGGCUAUCAGCAGCCUGCUCAACAGCAGCCCCCACAGCAGUACCAGCAGCAGGUGGAACAGCAGCAGCAGCUGUAUCAGCAGCAACAGAUGUACCAGCAGCAGCAGGUGUAUCAGCAGCAGCAACAACAGGUAUACCAACAGCAACAGCAGCAACAACACUUCUACAUGGAGCAGCAGCAGGAGGAAGAGGUGUACAAGAAGAAGUCCGUGAAGGAGACGAAGAAAAUCUUCGAAGAAUCACUGCUGCAGCAGCAGGCCGCGUACGGCGAACUGAAGGCACCGCGUAUGGUCCAGGGCGUUCGUUUGCCCGUGGCAGCGCCGUUACCGCCAGACUUUGGGUACGGUGCGAUCGCGGAACUCGGUCUCGAGCCAGGGCCCCAGCCGACGAUGGGCUACGCUCCGAAGGCCUCGAGCGAGCGCAAGAGCUCCUACUACCGGGAGCAGAUCGAGCAGUCCUUGCUGGAGAGCAUGGACAAGGAGCCGGAGCGCGUUCCGGCAGGCGGUGUCAAGAUUAUCCCGCCCAGUCCGCGCAAGAAGUCGAAACCGUCACCGACGGCGGUGGGACAAUCGGACACCGCUGGAGGAGCGCCUGCGCCGUUCGAGCAGCCGGCAGAGCUGCAGCAGGGCCUGGGUGCCAAGACCAAGAGUCCGUUCACCGCCACCGAGAGCGAGUACGAGAGUGACCUGGACGGUACCGGAGCCCGGCGCCAGAACGGCUAUCUGGCCGACACGGAAGAGGUCGUGCAGAAGACGGCAGCCGUGUCGUUCGAACAGCAGCAGACGAUCGAGAGCUUUAGCAGCUCGAGCAAGGUCGAGUCUCACUCGUCAGUCGUCAGUGAGGUUGUCCAGCAACAGUCGGCGCAGGUAGCGAUGGUUGAACAGCAGCAGAUGGGCCAGGAGCAACAACAGCUGCUGCAGGAGGUGGCUCAACAGCCGAUCGCAGCAGAGGAACUGGCGCAGCCACAGGAGCAACAGCAACAAUCCGAGGAAGUGACCAUCUCAUCGUCGGAAACCGUCCAGAAGGAAACGGUUGAGGAGAGCAAGAGCAGCUUCUUGGUUAACAACGAUCUGCCGGAGGACUUACAGCCGGUGAAGGUACUGCCAACUGAGGAACCACUGCCGACGCUCAAGCAUGUUCCAGUCCCGGCCGCCGUACAGCCAGUGGUCGAGCAGGCACCCGCUCCCGAACCUACCAUCGUGGAGCCGCCGCAGCCUCUCCAGCCGCAGCUGCAACAACCCGAACCGAUUGCUCCGACUCCGGUGCAGCAGAACGGAUAUCCAACGCCCAGUCCGGCCCAGCCAUUCCUGUCGGACUAUGAAAGUGACGCAGCGGCUCCAUCGCUGGCGGGUUACAAGCCGGUCCAUCCGGUGUUUGCGCCACCGAAGCAGGAGUUCGCGUCGGGUCCGGCUGCACCGCCACCGUCAGUAUUCGACCCAAUCGACAAAAUUCAAGCGAACCAAGUCAACGCACCAACCGAUGCACCAAAGAUUGAGAAGCCAAAACCAAUCAGCUACGUUCAGCAGCAACAGCAACAGCAGUACCAAUCGUACCAGCAACAGCAGACCUCCUCCUUCCAGCAGCAGACCUAUCAACAGCAGUCUUAUCAGCAGCAGCAACAGCAACAGUCGUUCCCGCCUUCAGUGCAAUCGGUGCCGGCGCAGUACUACACCUCGGUGACGGCUCAGCCCGUGCACAACACGAUCGCCACGGAGACGUCCAACUCGCUGCACAUGAAGGAUUUGACGGAGAGCAGCAACCGGGUUGUGAACAUGCAGCAGACGAAGCGUGUGGUCAGCCUGGAGCAACAGCAGCAGCACCAACAACAGCACCAACAAUCGUCCGUGUUUAUGCAGAAGCCGGGACGGUUUACGCCGGGAGAGUAUCGGGACAGCGAUGGUUACGACAGCGAUGGCACACGCAUUCGUCCAAUGUGGACACCGAACCCGUCGGACAGUGAUGAGCCGCACUAUCGUAGCGUGCGGCCAAACUUCCAGCAAUCGCGCUCGGCGAGUCUGCCACGUCAGCACGAACGCAUCCAAACGCCGAUGGAGUUCGAUACGCUGCCGGUACAGAUGCCAACCAAGAUCGACCUGUCCGCCGGUGUGGAGUCGAGUCAGCAUCAGCGCAGCAGUUCGCUCUCCCGCCAGAGCACUCAGAUCGAGACAACCACUACGAUGACGACGGAAACGCUCAAGACGCAAACGUUGGACCGGUACGCAUCGAAGCGACUGGCCACGACUCCAGUGCCGAACACGCGCGACGAUAUGGCGGUCAAGGCGCAUCGGGUCGCGCCCAUCAACUACAUCCAGAAGCAGGCGGACGGUAUGGCGCAGACGUUCAAGACGAAGGCUUACCACUUCAACAACGAGGUAAUGACCGACAUGAAGAAGACACCGAUCAAGCCGAUCCUGAAGAAUGCGUACGGUGCGCCGAUGGCUCAGCCACAGCCGCCACAGCCGAUGGUGCAACCGCAGGCUACUGCUGCCCCACCACAGGUCUACCGGGAGGAGUCACGAGUAUCGCAAUAUGAAGCAUCAUUCCUCUGCUCAAAGGAGCUGAAGCCGAACGGUUCCCUGGAGCCGAAUCAUCGCGGAACGAACGGAACGGUUCGUACGAUUCUGGAGGAAACGGACACGAUCGAGAAGACGUAUCGUUCCAUCUGCCUGAUACAGACAUGCGAAGUGCAACAGCAGCAUGGUGGCUAUAUUCAGCAGAGUACUACACCGCUGGCAUCGAUAACACCCGGUCUCCAGACACCAACUGGAGGUGCUCCGUUCCAGCAGCAGCCACAGCAGCAAGUACCGUUGCAAUCGCAACCAGCGUACGGUAUGGCGGCUCCAACUCCGGUUUCGGCCGGUCCCGGUGAUUACUCACCGCCGGUAUUUGAACAAAUCUUCAAGAACUCUCGCUUCGCCCAGGGCGGCAACGCGCUGUUCGAGGGCAAGCUGAAAGGUAAUCCCAAGCCAGAAGUUUCGUGGACUCGGAAAGGCGCACCCCUUCUCGAUUCCUCGAAACAUCGCUUGAGCUACAAUCCGGCAACUGGAGCUGUCUCGCUGCUGAUCAACCAGAUCGGACCGGGCGAUGAGGGCGAGUACACGUGUAAGGCACGUAACGCUGUCGGAGAAGCGAUCUGUUCGGUGUUCAUCCAGCCGGAGGGCAUGCCGACUCCACAGUUCCAACAGGUACGUCGCGAACAACAGCAAACUAGCAUUAAGCAGCAGCAGCAGCAAUACACCAAUGGAUACUCUCACGUGGAAGAAGAGUUCAAGGUAGAUACCUUCGAGUACCGGUUGCUGCGCGAGACAUCCUACAGGGAGUCGAUCACACGGCGCUAUGCCGGGGAAACGGACGCCCAGUUGAUCACGACAGUAGAUCGCGCUCUGGGUCCGGCGUCGGCUCCUCAGAUUGGUCAGAAGCCGCGCAACUCGAAGCUGUCCGAGGGGUCGGAUGCAGUGUUCAGCACGCGUGUCGUAGCGAAUCCACGUCCGCGACUGUCCUGGUUUAAGGACGGUCAGCGCAUUAUCCCGUCGGCGGAUAAAUACGAAAUGGGGUACUCAAACCAGCAGGCAACGCUGCGCAUCAAGAACGUGAGUGCGCGCGACUCCGGACAUUAUACGCUGCUGGCUGAAAAUCCACAAGGCUGUCAGGUAUCGUCGGCCGUCUUGGCGGUGGAGGCUGCUCAGGAACAGGUGGCCGUUGAACGGGCUACCUCGUUCGUGGAACAACAGCAGUACCAUCAGCAGCAACAGCAGGUCAUUGAGACCUCGUCUGAGGCUACCAAGGCGCUGUCUCCAUCGUUCAUGACAUUGAUCCAGGACGCGGAGACGACCGAGGGUAAGAUGGUCCGUUUCGACUGCCGCGUGACCGGUCGUCCUUAUCCGGAGGUGGCAUGGUACAUCAACGGCAACCUGGUGACGGACGAUGCAACGCACAAGAUUCUCGUCAACGAGGCCGGCAAUCAUGCGUUGAUGAUCACCAGCACCAAUCGCUUCGAUCACGGAAUUGUGACGUGCGUAGCGCGUAACAAGAGCGGCGAAGUAGCUGCUCAGGCCAAACUGGUCGUGUGUGAGCGUGAACAGGUGGUUGCACCGAAGUUCGUCGAGCGCUUUACCACGGUUAACGUGAAGGAGGGAGAACCGGUGCGGCUGUUUGCACGUGCCAUCGGAACACCGUUGCCGCGUAUUACCUGGCAGAAGGAUGGCAUUCCGCUCGUGCCUGGACCGGAAGUGCAAAUCUGCAACGACGAGAACGGUUGCACUACCGUCGACAUCCCGAGAGCGAAGGCGUCGGACGCCGCGUGGUACCAGUGUACGGCACAGAACGUGGCCGGUACCACGGCAACUCGCGCCCGUCUCUUCGUCGAAGCUCCGAAGGGACCGGCGCCGGAGCAGAAACGUCUCAAUCUACCUCGUCCUACGAAGGUCAUUCAGCCAGAAGCUGUUCCGGAACCGGAAAUCAUCUACUUGCGUCAUGUGGAACGAGCUGCUCCGCAUGCACCACCGAAGGAGGAGGAUCGCAUCUAUCCACCGCCGAAGUUCAUAGUCCCAUUGAGCGACGUUGCGCAGGUUGAAGGUGGCAAGGUACACUUUGAGGCGCGCAUAGAGCCCGUUUCCGAUCCGUCGAUGCGCGUUCAGUGGUUCUUGAAUGGAAAUUUGAUUCAAGCUAGUUCUCGAGCAAAUACGACGUUCCAGUUCGGGUUCGUGGCCUUGGAUCUGUUGACGAUUGUGAUGGAAGAUAGCGGUGAAUACUUGUGUCGCUUGUCCAACUCGACUGGAGUGGCAGAAUCGCGUGCCAUGCUUAGCGUGCAGCCCCGUCCCCCAAUUGAGCAGCAAACUCAGCACCAGUCAUCGCUGGAUCAGAUCCAACACCUUGAGGACUACUCGAAGUACGUGCGUACCGAGAGUAUCGAGGAAGUGGUCAACCAGAAACCAGGUUUCACCAGACCGCUUCAGGACUUGGGUGAGCUAGAGGAAGGGCGCAAUGCUCAUUUCGAAGCGCAGAUCACGCCAGUCAGCGAUCCUACGAUGCGCGUCGAGUGGUACAAGGAUGGCCGUCCGAUCACGGCCAGCUCGCGUAUUACUGCCAUUUUCAACUUCGGCUACGUUUCGUUGAACAUUAUGCAUCUGCGAGCGGAAGAUGCCGGUACCUACACGGUACGGGCAGUGAAUCGCAUUGGUGAAGCGAUCAGCACUUCGAAGAUCACCGUGGUGAGCAAGGCGCCGGUUACCGGUGACUUGGGCAUUUCGGAGCAGCGUAACUACAUUCAGAAGAUCGAGGAACUGGAACAGUACCAGAAGUACCAGAACAUGAAAUUCUACGAGGAGACACCCGAAAGCACGCAGCGGCCGGAAUUCAAGAGCCCUAUCACGGAUCAACUCAAUGUGCGGGAGGGUGGCUUUGCGCACUUCGAGGCCCGCCUUGAACCGGUCGGUGAUGCGACACUGCGCGUCGAGUGGCUUAAGGAUGGUCAUCCGGUGGAGGCAAGCUCGCGUAUUACCUCGUUCUGUAACUUUGGCUAUGUGGCGCUUACCAUCAAGCAAGUUACCGUACACGACGUCGGUACCUACACGUGCCGUGCUUACAACUCUCUUGGUGAGGCGCAUGUGUCCGCUCGCUUGACAGUGCUGACUCGCCAGGACAUCAUUGUCGAUUCUCAGACAAGCCACAUGGGCAUGGAGAAGAUCCAGUACCUGGAGGAUUCGUCGCGCUACACGCGCACCACCCAGGAACAGGUCGAACAACAGGUGGUGCAACCUCAGCCACGAUUCCUUGGACCGCUCAAGGGUACGAACCGCAUUGUCGAGGGCCAGCGUGCACACUUUGAGGCUCGUCUGGAACCACAGUCGGACCUGACCAUGCGUGUCGAAUGGUACCACAACGGUCGUCCAUUGAUGAGUGCAAAUCGCAUCCAGACCUACCAUGACUUUGGCUACGUAGCGCUGGAUAUCUUGGACGUUCGCGCGGAAGACUCCGGAACGUACACUCUGGUAGCGGCUAACAGCUCUGGACAAGCACAGGUUGAAGCUACAAUGGUGGUGGAAACCCGUGCCGCUAUCGACACAACGAGCAUGCACCAUGUAGUGGAACGUUCGCAGCAGAAGGUGGAGAAGCAGUUCGUUGAACCACAGUAUCAAGUUGAAGAGCUGUGCAAGUCAAAGCCAAUCUUUACCCAGCCGCUGUCCGAUCCACAGCCCGUUGGCGAGGGACGUAACAUUCAUUUGGAGUGCAAGCUGGAACCGCUCGGUGAUCCAACAAUGCGCGUAGAAUGGUACCAUAAUGGACGCCCGAUUACUGUGGGUUCACGCUUCAAAACGUACUACGAUUUUGGUUUCGUAGCAUUGGACAUUCUGCAUUCGACGGCGAUUGACUCGGGCGAAUACACGGUGCGGGCUACGAACCAACUCGGAUCGGCCCAUACGUCUGCGUGCGUGCGCGUCAUUACACGCUCGGACGUGAUCACCGAGGCCCAGAGCGAAAUGUCCGUCGAGCAGAUGCAGUAUCUGGAGGAUGCAUCGCGUAUGCGUCGGGAUGUGCUUGAGGAUAUUACGGUGAUGUCGCCGCCUCAGUUCGCACGCUCGUUGCACAACAUCGAAACGUAUGAAGGAACCAACAUUCAUCUAGAGUGCCGUCUGCAGCCCGUCGGCGAUCCGACCAUGCGCGUAGAAUGGUUCGUAAACGGUAUGCCGGUUAAGAUUGGACAUCGCUUCCGACCGGCGUACGAGUUCGACUACGUCGCUUUGGACCUGCUCGGUGUGUAUGCGGCAGACUCGGGUGUGUACACUUGCCAAGCACGGAACUCGCUUGGUGAAGCGGUCAAUUCUUGCUCGGUUCGCAUCAUGGCAAAGAAGGAUUUGAUCCUGGAAACGCAAUACCCAGCCGGGCUGGAGAAGCUGCAGUAUCUGGAGGAUAUUGCUCGCUACCGCAAGACAGAGUACGUCGACGAGAUCGUGAACGUAAAGCCGCGCUUCCUUACCAAGCCGAAGAAUAUCGACCGUGCGCAGGAGGGUGGUCAUGCACAUUUCGAAUGUAAGCUGGAACCGGUCACGGAUCCGAACCUGAAGGUGGAAUGGUACAAGAACGGCAUGCCCAUCACUGUGGGCCACCGUUUCCGUCCGAUUCAUGACUUUGGCUACGUUGCGCUGGAUAUCGUCGAUCUGAUUGCGGAAGAUACCGGCACUUACAUGUGUCGUGCCGUGAACUUGGUCGGUGUUGACGAAAUCGCCGUGCAGCUGGUGUGCCGUGGCUCGCAACAGAUUCUUACCAACACCCAGAACGAGAUGGGCCUGGAACAGAUCCAGUAUCUCGAGGAGAAGACACGUCAACAGCGGUCGGAUUAUCUUGAUGAGAUGACGACACAGGCGCCAACGUUCACAACGUCGCUGAAACACAUCGAGAUUAAGGAAGGUCAACGAGCUCACUUUGAGUGUCGUUUGAUUCCUGUGUCGGAUCCAACGCUGCGCGUCGAAUGGUACCACAACGAGGCUCCAGUCAAGACUGGUUCGCGUUUCACCGAAACUAACAAUUUUGGCUUUGUGGCACUGGAUAUCAUGGGCUGUCUGGCAGAUGAUUCCGGCACGUACACGUGUCGGGCAGUGAAUGCUCUUGGUGAAGCAGUUACUUCGGCCACCUGCGUCGUGCAUACGCGUAAGAGCAUCUACUCGGAGUCGCAACACGAGCAUGCUCUGACUAGCUUACGCUAUCUUGAAGACAAUUCACGUUACCAGCGCGAAACAGAUGUGGACGAGGUGAUCACACAAGCGCCCGUGUUUACGCUGCCUGUAAAGGACGUGAAAGUGGCGGAGAAUCAAGCCGUGCAUUUUGAAGCUCGUCUGGUACCGGUCGGUGAUCCGAAGAUGCGCGUAGAAUGGCUGCGCAAUGGUGUUCCGAUCGAAGCUUCGAACCGCACCACGACGAUGCACGAUUUCGGAUACGUGGCACUGAACAUGAAGUACGUCAACCCUGAGGACUCGGGCACUUACACAUGCCGUGCGACCAACGACCUUGGCCAAGCUGUUACUUCUGCCAAGUUGGUUGUACAGUCAAAGGCAUCAUUGGAUCUGGAUACUCAGAACGAGAGCGCACUGGAGAAGAUUCACCAACUCGAAGAUGCUAUCCGCUUCCAGCGUCGUGAAGAGGAGGAUGUUGCUGUUACCCAGCCACCUAAGUUCACCACGAAGCUGCACGGCCCUACGAAUCUGGUGGAAGGCCAAAGUGCGCACUAUGAAUGUCGCAUCGAGCCGUAUCCGGAUUCGAGUCUGAAGGUCGAAUGGUUCCACAACGGGCAACCUCUUACCACUGGUCAUAGAUUCCGCACGACAUACGAUUUUGGAUUUGCAGCGCUGGAUGUGCUGACGGUGUAUGCAGAGGAUUCGGGUGAGUACACGUGCCGUGCGACGAACCACCUCGGAUCGGAAACGUCUUCGAUCUCGCUGAACGUAACACCGAAGGCCGGUAUUGUGCGUGAGACACAGCACGAAGGAGCACUGGAGAAGAUUCAGUAUCUGGAAUGUGAUGCCCGCUACGGUCGCAAGGGAGAAGAUGAGAUGUAUGUGGCCGAAAAGCCGCAGUUUGGCAGACCGCUUAAGAAUGCAAGUGUCGGCGAAGGACUGCCAGUACACCUGGAAGCAACGUUGACGCCGGUCAACGAUCCAACGAUGAAGGUGGAAUGGUACUGCAAUGGACGCCCUAUUCAGCAGGGCCACCGGUUCAAAACGACAUACGAUUUCGGUUUCGUAGCUCUCGACAUCCUUUAUGCGCACGCUGAGGACACGGGAACUUACAUGUGUAAGGCUAAGAAUGCAAUUGGAGAGGCUGUUACGACAUGCGCUGUUAAAGUCACAGCAAAUGCCGGAUUAUAUUUGGAGACGCUCGAUGAACAGCGGCUGCAAAAGAUUAAGGAACUGGAGAGCUAUCAGAAACCGCACACCCCUGAUGUUGAACCGACCAAGCAGAAACCAGUCUUCCUCACUCCACUGACUAGCUUGGAGAAUCUGAAGGAAGGCGACUACGCCCACCUGGAGUGCCGCGUGGAACCGAUCAACGAUCCGAAUCUCAAGAUCGAAUGGUUUAUUAACGGCAAGGCAAUCCGCGCCGGGCAUCGCUUCCGUACGACGCACGACUUCGGUUACGUAGCGCUCGACAUUCUGUACGUGUAUGGCGAGGACAGUGGAACAUACAUGUGCAAGGCCACCAAUCAAGUCGGUGAAGCGGUCAGCACGUGCAACAUUCGCGUCACAAACAAGCGCAACAUCAUCUUCGACUCGCAGCAUCCAGAUGGAUUGGAGAAGAUCCAGAAGCUAGAGGCACACGUCCGACCAUCGCGGUUGGAGUUGGAUGAACCGGAAGUUACUGCACCACGUUUCGUUACCGAGCUGCGUGGCACCACGGAGAUUCAUGAGGGACAAACGGCUCACUUUGAGGCGCAGGUCGAACCGAUCCACGAUCCGAACUUGCGCAUCGAGUUCUACCACAACGGUAAGCCACUGCAGUCGGCUUCCCGCUUCCAUAUUACGUUCGACUUUGGUUAUGUUGCGCUCGACAUCCAGCACGUCGUUGCCGAGGAUGCGGGCGAAUACACGGUCAAGGCCAUCAACGCUAAGGGCCAGUGCAAGUCGUCGAUCAAGAUGCAGGUGACUGCUAAGGGAGCGAUCAUUUCCGACACGCAGCAUCCGGAGGGUCUGGACAAGAUCAAGCAGCUCGAAGGCGCUAGUCCAUUCCGCCGUCCGGAGGUGCAGGACGCUGUCACAAAGCAACGUCCUGUGUUCACUCAACCUCUGCAAAACAUCGACUACGUUGCCGAAGGACAAACGGCACACUUCGAGUGCCGCUUGAUCCCGGUGGGCGAUCCGAACCUGCGGGUAGAAUGGUUCCGCAACGAGCAGCCAUUGGAGGAUAGCUCGCGUAUUGCCAAGCAGCACGAUUUCGGCUUCGUCUCGAUGGAUUUGCAGCAUGUGCGCGAGGAGGAUGAGGGUGUGUACAUGUGCCGCGCAAUUAACCCGCUGGGUGAAGCCGUCACUACCGCUUCCAUGCGUGUGCGCACGAAGGCAAGCAUCCAGAUGGAUUCGCAGCAUCCGGAGGGUAUGAAGAAGAUUAUUGCGUUGGAGCAACCGCACCAGCAGCGUUCCGAUGACCACGAGGCAGCUUUCGAGAAGCCCAUAUUCACGCAAUUGCUGACCGGACCGUCAGAGCUGUGGGAGGGUCAGCAUGCCCACUUCGAGGCACGCGUUGUGCCGGUGGGUGAUGCUAGCAUGAAGUACGAGUGGUACGUGAACGGUGUUGAAUUGAAGAUGGGUUCACGAUUCCGCACCACUAACGAUUUCGGAUUUGUCACACUGGACAUCAAUUCGGUUGUGGCGGAAGAUUCGGGUGUGUACAUGUGCAAGGCAAUCAAUCGCGCGGGCGAAGCCGUUUCAUCGACCACGAUGAAGAUCAAGUCGAAGGCAUCGAUCGCCGGAGAGCCACUGCUUCCAGAAGCCUGGGAAAAGAUCCAGCUGAAGGAAGCCGCCAUGAACCGUGUGCCGGAUAUGUUUGUCGAUACGACGCCACAGCAGGCUCCGGUGUUCACCACGCAUCUCGAGAGCCACGAUAAGCUACAGGAAGGUCAGCACGUCUAUCUGGAGGCCCAGGUGGAACCACGCGCCGAUCCGAACCUCCGUAUCGAGUGGUUCAAGAAUGGUAUCGCCAUCACUACCGGUGCGCGUAUCCGCAGCACAUUCGACUUCGGACUCGUUACUCUCUCGAUCAACGGUCUGCGAGCGGACGACUCAGCCAUCUACACCUGCAAGGCUACGAACAAUCUCGGCGAAGCUGUCUCUACAGCCACGCUCAAGAUCGACGCCAGCCAUUGGUUGCUCGGUGACACCAUGCAUCCAUCAUCUGUGCAGAAGAUCCAGGACCUGGAGGCACCGCGCAUGAACCUGCGCGACGUACCAGAGGAUCAGUUCGAAUCGCCAGUCUUCGUAAGCCACCUGAACAAUGUGGAGAUCAAGGAAGGCGAAAAUGCACACUUCGAAUGCCGCGUUGAACCGUCCAAGGAUCCAACGAUGCAGAUCGAAUGGUUCGUCAAUGGUAAGCCGCUGCCAACUGGUUCUCGUUUCAAGACGACGUAUGACUUCGGUUUCGUCUCACUGGAUCUGACCGGUGCAUACGCCGAGGAUUCGGGUAUCUACACUUGCAAAGCUACCAACAGCAAGGGAUCGGCAUCAACUUCCGGUUCGUUGCGCUGUACCAGCACCAGCACCAUGUACUUGGAUACGCAACAUCCACAGGGCAAGGCUGGACUUGAGGCAGUGCAAGACACCGAGGCAGCUUUGGCCAACCGCUACCGCCGCCAGGAAUCGAAACCGGAAUCUGCAUUCCCGAAACCACAAUGGACGGUACAGCUGCAGUCGGAGUUCCGGCUGAACGAGGCAGAAGCACUGCAUUUGGAAGGCCAGGUCGAACCCAAGGACGAUCCUAACCUGAAGAUUGAAUGGUACUUCAAUGGCAAGGUGUUGGAGCAUGGAUCACGCUUCAAGAUGACAAGUGACUUCGGUUUCGUCACGCUGGACCUGACGGAGGUGUAUGAGCGCGAUCAGGGUAUUUACACCUGCAAGGCGUACAACCUGGCCGGCGAGGCAUUCACUUCCUCGACCGUGUAUUGCGCAACUAAGGAGAGCCUGAUCGAGCGUACACAGCAUCCAAAGGGCACGGAGGGCCUGGAAAAGAUCCAAGAUCUGGAGGAUUCUCUUCGCCGUCAAGAAGGUGGGCAGGCUGAAUCGGAUGGCGGACAUGCGCCACGCUUCACUUCGGAGUUCGUCACGCUGAAGAAUGUCGGCGAGGGUGAGAUAGCGCACUUCGAUGCUACGCUCAUACCGACCGGCGAUCAGUCCAUGACCAUCGAAUGGUUGUACAAUGGCAAGCAGCUUGAAGCAAGCCAUCGUGUGCGCACGGUGUACGCUUUCGGAAUGGUUGUGCUAGAGAUCCUCGGCACUAAGAUCGAGGACUCGGGCAGCUACACGUGUCGUGCCACAAACCGUUUUGGAUCGGCUGAGAUCAGCGUCGAACUGGAAUGCGUUGACAAGUCGGCUGGACAGAAGCCACGUUUCACUACUCAGCUGCAAUCGCUGGAGGGCCUGAAGGAUGGACAAUCGGCUCAUUUCGAGUGUACUCUUGUGCCGGUGAACGAUCCGGACCUGAAGGUAGAGUGGUUCCACAACGGCAAGCCAAUGCGCCAUUCGAACCGCAUCAAGCCGGUAUCGGACUUUGGUUACGUGCUGCUGGACAUUGCGUACGUGCAGAGUCACGACUCGGGUGAGUACGUAUGCCGUGCGUCGAACAAAUAUGGUGAAGACACGACCCGUGCUACACUUAAGUGCUUCGGAAAGGGUGGCGUGUAUCUGGAGUCUCUGCAGCCAGACUCGCUGGCAAGAAUUCGCGAGCUCGAAAGCCAGUCGGGUGUGAAGCAGACGGCGGCAGGUUCGCCGGUUGGCGAAGCACCGCGCUUCACCACAAAGAUCAGCGACAUUACGAAGCUAGUGGAGGGACAGAGCGCUCACUUUGAGGCACGCCUGACACCGAUCAACGACCCCGAGUUGGUGGUGGAAUGGUACUGGAAUGGACAGAAGCUGCCGCAUGGCCACCGUUACCGUACGUUCCACGAUUUCGGCAUCGUGAUCCUCGAUAUUCUGUACUGCUACGAAGAAAAUUCGGGUGAAUUCGAAUGCAGAGCCACGAACAAGUACGGGUCGGACAGCACCAAGGCUACGCUUCGCUGCAUUUCGAAGGCCAACCUCAUCCUGGACUCACAGUUGCCCCGUGGAAUGGAGGGUGGAUUGGAGAAGAUUCAGACACUGGAGGAUUCGUUGAUCCGUACCCGUGACGAGCGUGAGCGUACCGAGGGUGGUCGUGCUCCAGUCUUUACGACACCACUAUCGAACAUCGAUUCGCUGCGUGAGGGCGAAAGCGCUCACUUCGAGGCGAAGCUGACACCAACGGACGAUCCGAAGCUGAAGGUGGAAUGGUUCUGGAACGGCAAGCCACUCAAGACCGGAUCACGAUUCCGCACGUUCUGCGACUUUGGAUUCGUUAUUUUGGAAAUCUCGCCAGUGUAUCCCGAGGACUCGGGCGAGUACUCGUGUCGUGCGACGAACGAGUACGGUGAGGCAGUCACUACGUCAACCAUGCGUGUGCAGGGCAAGCGUAGCAUCAUUCUUGAGUCGCAACUGCCGAAGGGCAUGGAGAGCACCAUUGAACGUAUUGCCGAGCUCGAGGGUCUUGGUAUUCCACACGGUGGGCUUGGUUCGCCCGAUGAUGACACUGGCAAGCCACCGGAAUUCAUCACUACACCUUCGGACAUGACGUUAACCGAAAACUCGCUGGCGCACUUCGAGUGUCGCCUGACGCCGAUCAACGAUCCGAGCAUGCGUGUCGAGUGGUACCACAAUGGAAAGGCUCUGUGGGCGGGUUCGCGCAUCAAGACGAUCAACGACUUCGGAUUCGUGAUCCUGGAGAUUGCCGGCUGCUACCAGCGUGACUCGGGAUUGUACACGUGCAAGGCUACAAACCGCCACGGAGAGGCAACCGUUUCGUGCAAGCUAACAGUGCGUGGUCGCCAGGGUAUCAUCAUGGAGCCGCAACUGCCAUCGAACUUCCGCACUGGCACGGAGAGCAUCCAGAAGCUGGAAGAGCAGCUGCACAAGCGCGAAGAGCUGAUGGCUGAUGAGGAAGAAGGCCGCCCACCGAAGUUCGUUGUCGAAAUCAAGGACAACGUGGACAUUCCUGAGGGUGGACCAGUCCACUUCGACUGUCGCGUCGAACCGGUGGGAGACUCGUCACUGCGUAUCGAUUGGUAUCACAAUGGCAAGCCAUUUGCAACCGGUUCCCGUGUGCACAUGCUGAAUGACUUCGGUUUCAUUGCAUUGGACAUGGACUAUGCGUACGUCCGAGAUUCUGGCGUGUAUGAGUGCCGAGCCACCAACAAGUGGGGAACCGCGUCAACCACCGCCAAGGUGACUGUGGUGGCCCGCGGAGGUAUCGUGCUUGAUUCACAGCUGCCUGAAGGUAUGACUGCUUCCAAGCUGAAGGAACUGGAACGUGGAAAAGUGACGUUGGCGACCCAAGAGGAGCGUACCUUCGGUCCACCGAAGUUUGUGUCACAGAUCCAGUCUGCAACCAUCGAUGAGGGUGAAACCAUUCGCUUCGAGUGCCGUGUCGAACCGAAGGAAGAUCCGAAGCUGCGAGUGGAAUGGUUCCGCAAUGGCAAACCACUGCCAAGUGGUCACCGAUAUCGUACAAUCUACGAUAUGGGCUUCGUGUCCUUGGACAUUCUUUCGGUGUACACGGAGGAUGCGGGCGACUACACUUGCCGUGCCUUCAACGAGCAUGGUGAGGACGUAACCAAGGCCCACAUCAGCUGCAAGAAGCUACCCUCGAUUGUGCUCCAGAACCAGAUUCCAAAGGGCAUGCAGAAGUCGGAGACGCUCAUGCAAAUGGAAGCAACCAUCAAGAAGUACACCGAGGAAAUCUUCCUCACAGAGGACGACUUGUUCGAUCCGGACCGCAAACAGCCUCCGCGUUUCGUUGUGCAGAUCAAGGAUCAGACUAAUCUGGUCGAGAUGCAGGCCACCAAGUUCGAGUGCCAACUGGCACCGGUCGGCGAUCCAGACAUGAAGGUUGAAUGGUUCUACAACGGUAAACCACUGCCGUACAAGAAUCGUUUCACACCGAUCUACGACUUUGGUUACGUUGCAAUGAACUUCGGCUGGAUCUAUCCGGAGGAUAGUGGCGAGUAUCUAUGCCGUGCCACCAACUUGUACGGCAUGGACGAAACUCGUGCAAUUAUCAAGACUACCGGCAAACCAGGCAUCGUAUACGACUCGCAGUUGCCAAAGGGCAUGAAGAGUAUCCAGAAGAUCCGCGAGAUGGAAGCCUUGUGGAACUUGAACAUCCCCGAGGUGAUCGAUGAAACACAAAAGCCCAAGAAGGAACCAGCCUUUGUCAGUCGCCCGGAAUCGAUCGAAGUCGAGGAAGGUGAAUGGGCUCGAUUCUGUUGUCGUGUUACCGGGCAUCCAAAGCCCCGUGUCAUGUGGCUCAUCAAUGGACAUACCGUCGUUAAUGGUCAACGCUACAAGCUUACCUAUGACGGCAUGUAUCACUUCGAUAUUCCGAAGACGCGUCAGUACGACACCGGCAAAAUUGAAGUUAUCGCCCGUAGCUCCGUCGGCGAGGCCGUUGCUAGCUGCGAACUGAAGAUUACUCCUCGUCGUGAUGACUACCGCGGUGUGCUGAAGAACUCACCACGACCAUGGUACGACUACGAUCUAGUCGCUUAUCAGAAGGGACGCUCGGAGACGGAUCUGGAAGCGACGCUGCAGGAAGAGAAGAAAAAGAAGCGCGUCACCAAGGUCGUGCAGAAGGCGAAGGCCAAGAAGGACGGCGAAACCGAAUGGCAAAAGACGGUCAAGCAGAAGAAGGGCGAGGACUACUACAGCAAGUUGGCUGAGCUGGAAAAUGAGCAGAUCACCAAGGAGCAGAAGAUGCGCGAAGAGAAGCAUCAGUUUGCGAUCCCUGGCGAGAAGGUUGUUAGUCAAUCGAUCGCCAAGGGUAUGGCAAGUGCCUACGAGCAGACGCUGGAGGAAACAAAGGAGAGCGAAAACGUCGAACUGAUUGAAGCUCCCAAGAAGAAGUUGAUCCCGGAACCGACAGAAACGUCCGUCCAGGGCAAGGAAGUUCACAUCUCGCAGCAGAAGCAAACACAGAAGGAGGUGUACGAUGACAAAGAAAUCAUUCGUAAAAUCACCGCCACGGAAACGACCGAAAUGGAGCACAAGGGUACGACGCAGGAACGCGUGGUGGAGGGACCGGUACAGCCGACCAAGCCACCAGUGUUCACUCGUAAGAUUCAACCGUGCCGCGCAUUCGAAAACGAACAGGCACGGUUCGAGGUCGAGUUCGAUGGUGAACCCAUGCCGACGGUGCGAUGGUUCCGCGAGAACUUCCAGAUUAACAAUUCGGCCGACUUCCAGAUCCACACGUUCGGCACGAAGUCGGUGCUCAUCAUUCGCCAGGUGUUCCUCGAAGAUUCGGCCGUGUUUGCCGUGAUUGCGGAGAACCGUGGAGGCACUGCCAAGUGUAGCGCCAACCUGGUGGUGGAACAGCGCCGGCAACAGGGCCGUGGUGGAGUCAUUCCGCCGAGCUUUGUCAGCACGAUUAGCGACACGACGGUCACGGCCGGACAGCUGGCGCGGUUCGACGCAAAGGUAACCGGUACGAAGCCGCUCGAUGUGUACUGGUUGAAGAAUGGCCAGAAGCUCACGCCGAACAUCAAAUACAAAAUGCUCGAAGAAGAUAACAACUACACGCUGCUGAUCAUUGAGGCGUACGCCGAAGAUGGUGCGAAGUACGAGUGUGUUGCCAUCAACAGUGCCGGCGAGGCGCGUUGCGAUGCCGUCUGUACCGUUGAUACACCGGUGACGCCUAUCAUCGAGAAGCCAGCCACUCCCGGAACGGAGCGUCCUCCAACGUUGGUCGAACCGCUCAAGGACAAAACGGUACCCGAGGGACAAUCGGUAGAGUUCCGCACGCGAGUCACCGGCAAGCCGACACCGACCGCGCAGUGGUUCAAGGGCGAUAAGCAGAUUAAACCCUCCAAGUACUUCCAAAUGGGCAAGGAUCGGGAUGCGUUUACGCUGAUCGUUACCGAAGCGUUCCCAGAGGAUGAGGGUCAGUAUCUAUGUAUCGCGUCAAACCCGGGCGGUGAGGUCCACACGACUGCCACGUUGAAGGUGGUCGCCCCAGAGAUGCCCGACGCCGGACCAAAGCUGGGUGAGAUGAAAGAUUGCAUCGUGGACGAGGGUUCGCCGGCUCAGUUCAAGACAACGAUUGUUGGCAAACCAACCAAAAUGACCGUCCAGUGGUUGCGUGAAGGUCUUCUGAUUCCGGAGUCACCCGAUUUUCAGAUGAUCAACGAGGGCAACAAUGCCGUGCUUCUGAUCGGGACGACCUACGAGGAGGACUCCGGUACCUUCACCUGCCGUGUGACCACAUCCGCUGGGCAGGUUGAAACGUCCGCCAAACUGAUAGUCAAAAAGCGCCGAAAGCAGCUGCGACAGGUGCACGGUGCCGAUGGAGUACAGCUCCAACAGCAACAGGAUGUGCAACAGACGCAACAAUUUUCAUCAUCAUCUACGGCGACGGUAGCUGCCCAGGGGCUGAGUGAUGGAUCGUAUGAUAGCAGCACCGGGACGAGCGAGGUUGAAACCGAGUUCGUCCCACAAGGUGACGAGAGUCUUCCCUGGAGACGUUCUCGAAGCUUAUCCCGCGGUCCGACCACUACUACUGCCCCCUGGCGACGUGCAUCUCAGGAUCGUCGUACAUCACGCGACCGAUCGUUGUCGAUCGAUAAGCGCGAAGAGAUAAAACCAUGGACUGCAGAGGUGGUGAAACUGAAAAAAACCACCAAAGAACGCAAAAAAAUCGAAAAAGAAAAACUUGAAACGGUACAGCUAAAACCGACCCAAAUCCAGAAGGCGCAGAUUCAGCGGGAACAGCUGGAAAAAGUCGAACUGAAGACGGCGAAACGCGAACAGCAGGAAAUAUCCGAGCAUCACAUGGAAGAGAUGGUUCAAGCUAUUAUCGGUGAGAAGGAAGACAUCGAUCAAGUGGACUAUCAUGUUCAAAAAUUGCGACAUGACGAGGAUAUAUACAUUCUUGAAAUACAACAGCAAGUAGACGAACUAACACGUAAGGACUCACAAAGGGCUGAAGGUGUUCCUUGGCGCAGAGGAGGACCUAGAAAGGAACAGCCUCAAAUAGGCCGAGAACAGUUCGUAGAGACCGACGAAAGCACUAUGCUUAAGGUAGAUAGACACGAAACAGCCACAGAGCAAGAGCAACAAAAGCUUACCUUGGACCAGGGAACUGGUGUAGCUUGGAGACGAGGUAAACGCCCCGAGCCAGAAAGUCAACCUUAUGCACAGACAGAAGACUCUGUUGUGCUAAGAAUAGAUCGUUUAGAAGAGCAAGAAGCGAAGGAACAAACCGAACUACAGCCAGUUCCAUGGCACCGAGGACCGAAACUAGCUUCCACCACACCCGUGCAAAUAACCGAACAGGAAGAUACUGCAAAGCUCGUUGUGGAGCAAACAGAGCAGGAACUUGUACAAGAUACGAAACCUAACGAACAACCGGUAGCCUGGCGUAGAGGACCUAAACCCCUCACAGAACCAGUGCCGGAAGAGCUGCAACCAGAUGUAGAAGAGCGUCCCGAAACGCAACUUCCACCAUGGAUGCGUGGACGCAAACCGGGACCGAAACGAGAAAUACCGAAGCCGCCAGAGCCGGAAAAGGUUGAACAGGUUAUGCUUAAGCCUACACCACGUCAAACGAAGGAGCUUCCAAAGGAGACUAUCGAGGAGGUUUCGCUGAAACCAGUCCCCAAGAGAUCGACUGUUGAAGAAGUUCCUGUUGUGGAGCGUGAGGAAGUUGAAGAGAAAACGGUUAAGAUCGUUAAGAAGAAAAAGCCAAAAUCUGUGCCACAACAGCAGGAGUCGUUGGAGCAACUGGAGUUUACUCCCACGGAAGUACCCGAGGUCGAAAAGAUGGAACUACCGGAGAAGCUGGACGAAAUAAAACCCAAGGAGCCAGAACAAGAGGCUGAAAAGCCGAGCUGGCGUAGACAACAAAAGCCAAAGCCGCAAGAAGAAGUUCCGGAGGAAAAACAAUGGCCCACGGGUAAGAGACGUCCUCUUCCAGAGGAACCUAAGGAAGAGGUAGUCCUUAAGCCAAUUCCACGACCAACGAAAGAGGUCGAACCUAAGGUAGCAGAAGAGCCCAGUAUUAAACCGAAACCAAUGCCAGAGCUCGAUGAUAAACCUGAACCAGAGCAGGAACUAGACAAGCCUCUGGUACCAGAAGAAGACACCAGUCUUCCACCGUGGCGUCGUGGGCGCAAACCAGUAGAGAAGAAACCUAUUCCUGCUCCAGCAGAGCCGGAAAAGGUUGAACAGGUUAUGCUUAAGCCUACACCACGUCAAACGAAGGAGCUUCCAAAAGAGACUAUCGAGGAGGUUUCGCUGAAACCAGUCCCCAAGAGAUCGACUGUUGAAGAAGUUCCUGUUGUGGAGCGUGAGGAAGUUGAAGAGAAAACGGUUAAGAUCGUUAAGAAGAAAAAGCCAAAAUCUGUGCCACAACAGCAGGAGUCGUUGGAGCAACUGGAGUUUACUCCCACGGAAGUACCCGAGGUUGAAAAGAUGGAACUACCGGAGAAGCUGGACGAAAUAAAACCCAAGGAGCCAGAACAAGAGGCUGAAAAGCCGAGCUGGCGUAGACAACAAAAGCCAAAGCCGCAAGAAGAAGUUCCGGAGGAAAAACAAUGGCCCACGGGUAAGAGACGUCCUCUUCCAGAGGAACCUAAGGAAGAGGUAGUCCUUAAGCCAAUUCCACGACCAACGAAAGAGGUCGAACCUAAGGUAGCAGAAGAGCCCAGUAUUAAACCGAAACCAAUGCCAGAGCUCGAUGAUAAACCUGAACCAGAGCAGGAACUAGACAAGCCUCUGGUACCAGAAGAAGACACCAGUCUUCCACCGUGGCGUCGUGGGCGCAAACCAGUAGAGAAGAAACCUAUUCCUGCUCCAGCAGAGCCGGAAAAGGUUGAACAGGUUAUGCUUAAGCCUACACCACGUCAAACGAAGGAGCUUCCAAAAGAGACUAUCGAGGAGGUUUCGCUGAAACCAGUCCCCAAGAGAUCGACUGUUGAAGAAGUUCCUGUUGUGGAGCGUGAGGAAGUUGAAGAGAAAACGGUUAAGAUCGUUAAGAAGAAAAAGCCAAAAUCUGUGCCACAACAGCAGGAGUCGUUGGAGCAACUGGAGUUUACUCCCACGGAAGUACCCGAGGUUGAAAAGAUGGAACUACCGGAGAAGCUGGACGAAAUAAAACCCAAGGAGCCAGAACAAGAGGCUGAAAAGCCGAGCUGGCGUAGACAACAAAAGCCAAAGCCGCAAGAAGAAGUUCCGGAGGAAAAACAAUGGCCCACGGGUAAGAGACGUCCUCUUCCAGAGGAACCUAAGGAAGAGGUAGUCCUUAAGCCAAUUCCACGACCAACGAAAGAGGUCGAACCUAAGGUAGCAGAAGAGCCCAGUAUUAAACCGAAACCAAUGCCAGAGCUCGAUGAUAAACCUGAACCAGAGCAGGAACUAGACAAGCCUCUGGUACCAGAAGAAGACACCAGUCUUCCACCGUGGCGUCGGGGAAAGAAGGCAGGUCCCAAGAGAGAAAUUCCUGCUCCCGAACCUGCUGUCUUGGAAACGGUCACACUCAAACCUACACCAAAGCGGGCUAAAGAACUGCCUCAAGAAACAAUGGAAGAGGUAUCCUUGAAACCUGUACCACAACAAAUGGAGAUUGAAGAUAUUCCGGCCGAUACGGUGUCAGUUGCUCAGGUGAAAGAAAUCGUUCCAAAGAAAAUAAAGAAACCAAAACGAAAGGAAGAAGUGGAACAGCUGGAAAUGCCGGUUUAUGCGGAGAUUCCAGAACAAGAAGACGUACAGUUGGAAAAGACGGAAUAUGUCCCUGAAGAGAUGCCUAAAGCACCGGAAUCAGCUCCUGAGCAACCACCUUGGAGAAGAACUCCCAAGCAGAAGCCAGUUGAACCGGAAGAGCUAGAAAAGAAGUGGCCUACCGGUAAGCGACGUCCUGCAGUAGAAGAGCCCAAGGAGGAAGUAGUGUUGAAACCAAUUCCAAAACCAACUAAAGAUGUCGAACCAGAACCAGAGCAGCAGGUUACAAUCAAACCGAAGCAAUCGGAACCUUUACCAACGGAAACAUCACCCGAACAAACUCCAUGGCGCCGUGGAAAGAAGGAAAAGCCACUUGUCGAAGAAGAGGAGCCAAAGGAAUGGCCUAAAGGAAAACGAAGACCUCUGCCGGAAACUCCACAAGAGGAGGUAGUACUCAAACCGAUACCUAAACCGUCGAAAGACGAAACUCCAAAACCGGCCGAAGAACCAACAAUUUCACAACAGGAACCUAAGCUUCCUGAACCGGAACAGUCAAAACCCGCACCAUGGCGCCGUGGAAAGAAAGAACUCCCCAUGGAGGAGGAGGUCCCCAAGGAAGAAGUUACGCUUAAACCCAUUCCGAAACGCGCUGAACCGGACCAAAUGGUGCAGGAAGAAAUUAUUUUGAAGCCAGUUCCCGCGCAACAGGCGGUGAUCGAGGAAGUGUCCGCGCCACGCGAACUGCAGCCCGUGCGUGAUGUGAAGAUUGAAGAGACGGUCACGAAAACAACGAAACGUAUCAAAAAGAAAAUCAUUAGACCAAAGUUCCCUGAGUCGGGUAUUGCAGAGGUAGAAGAAUCAAUAACAUUUGAAGAGCCCGAAGAACCGGCACAAGUGGCAGAAACGAUCGUUGAUAUUGUACCAGAGGAAGUGUUGGAUCUCAUUCCCGAGUUGGCUCCGCGCGAAACUGCCAAGAAGCGAAAAUCACGCAACAAGAAGCACGUUGUAUUCAAGGAGGAACUCAGUACGUUUGCGAUGGAGCCCGAAGAGGAAGAUGAAGCAGACGAGGAAGAAGUAGAGCAAGUACAGGAGAUUUCUAGAUCCAGCAUAACGCUUGCCCGUCCCGUUCCGGAGACUAAACCAAUGGCCGCACCCAUUGAAGAUGUUACCAUUGAGGAACAGACUGAGUUCCGCAAGGAAAUGGAGGUGCGUGUCCAGUCUAACGUGGUGAAAAAAGAGAAACAACGGCGUGUGUUUAUUGACGAUAGUCAACCGCUGCCAGAACUGGAAAUUAUCACCCAGAAGCGCAUCCAAGAAGUCACAGAUAAGAUCGCUGAAGAGGAUAUUCGCGAGGACCGUCAGUUGACCGAAACGACUCAGCAACACAUCGCCGAGACAAAGAUCCAAGAGCAAACGGUGAAGAUUAGUAAACCCAAAGUCCAACCUCCCAAUAUAGUGGAGAAAUUGCAGCCCCAGAUAUGCGAACCAGACAAACCGAUACUAUUACGUUGUCGCAUCGAAGGCAUUCCAUUCCCAACGGUGCAGUGGUACUUCAACGAUACGAUGUUGUUCGCCAACUCGGAAUACAUCAUGAACGUGGUGGAGGAUGUGGCCACUUUAGAAAUCUCUACCGUACAACCGUACCAUGUCGGAAUCUACUCAUGCGAGGCCAAGAAUGUGGCCGGGGUGGCUAUCAGCAAAGCUAACAUCGUCGUCCAGGAGAAACCAGAGCAUGGUGAAGCACCACGCUUUGUAGUUCCGCUGAAGAUCGAGCUGAACGAACAGAAAACGGUUGCGACCGUGACAUGUCAAGUGGCAGGAAUUCCCACACCGAAAGUACGCUGGCUGCGUGAUGAUAUAGAGAUCAUCGAGGAGGAGGAGGAAGAGAUCGAAACAUACUACGGAGAACAAACAGGACAUGUGCGGUUGACAGUGAAGCGGCCGAAGCAGAACGUACCGGUCGUGUUUACCGUCCUGGCAGAGAACAAAUUCGGAAAGGCUGUGGGUAAAGCAAACGUGUACAUCCAGUCGGUAAUGCUGGAACGGGCAAAACCAUCAGCAGUUGCUCCACAGAUUGUGCAACCACUGGAGGCACAGGUUGUACGUACGGGUAGCACGCUUGUAUUCGAGUGUCGAUACACUGGCAUUCCAAAGCCCACUGUUAAAUGGUUCCGCAAUAGCAAAGAGGUUGUGGAAGAGGAGGAAGAAGUCAUCAUCACCAAUGAGGAGUACUACAGCCGACUGGAAAUUCGUCGAGUGACCCGCCAAAGAGGGGGCAAGUAUGAGAUUAAUGUCACAAACGAGGCUGGCCAGGCUAAAUCGUCUGCCUCCGUUGCUAUCUCCGAUGCUACUGACACUGACGAAGCCAAGGCACCGCGGUUCAUUGAGCCGUUAGUGCCAAAAUUAAUCGCCGAAGCCGAGGUAUGCAUUUUGGAAGCAUCAGUCGAGAGCUAUCCUACCUCAACCUUCCAGUGGUUCAAGGAAGGCACUGCCAUUAAGUCGACCAAUGAGCAGCGCAUCGUCACGAAGGAGAACCGCUCGAUUCUGAUCAUUGAGUCGUUCACCCGCAAGGACACGGGCGCGUACACGUGCCGAGCGGAAAAUGUGGCCGGUUCGGUAACUUCUACUGCGACCGUCCAAACGUUGGACACCAUCGAAACCGAGGAAGUUACCGAAUACAUAUCACCGCGGUUUUUGGAGACAAUCAAACCGACGCGUGUUAUGGAUGGGGAGCGGUUAACGCUCGAGUGUCAGGUGGUGGCGAUGCCACUGCCAAAGGUUCACUGGUACCACAACGCGCAGCUGAUUCAAGAGACAAAAGACAAGCAAGUACAACAAGACUCUACCGGGCGCUGUGUGCUCACAAUUAGCGAAGUGUUUCCCGAGGACAAGGGUGAGUAUACAUGCGUGGCCACAAAUAAAAUCGGUGAGGCCAUAUGUCGCACUACAGUCAACGUAGAGCCGUUCGAGUAUGUGCCCGACUCGGAGCAGUUCCGUAGCUCAGAAGAAGAUUUGUUGACUGAUAAGUCUAUUUCAACACUCGAAGAGUAUGCGGAACCGAUCGAGUAUGCGCCGCAGAUUGUGAAACAACUGCCCACGAUCAUACACACGCAGGAACGCGAGUUGACUAAGCUAGAGGUGAAAGUAUUAGCCCAUCCGAAGCCUCAGAUUCGUUGGCUAAAGGCGGGCGAGGAGAUUAUUCCAUCGGAGGAGUUUCAAAUUGAGAACUUUGAUGAUGGAACCUCCAUACUCAUCAUCAACGAUAUCUACCCGGAUGACUCUGGACAAAUUACGUUCGAAGCACAUAACGCACUCGGAGUGGCGAUGACAACUGCUGAACUGGUAGUGGAAGAAAUUGUCGGAACCAAAGCGUAUCGCAAACCGGAAUGGGUACAACAUAUGGAAGAACUGAAGGAGGCACUCCAAGAAACACCCGAUCUCAGAGAAGACGCUCGUAGCACUAGCAGCCACACUGCGAUUACCACCAUCACCACGAACAACACCACUGUCACGAAGAAAAAACACAAAAAACUUCGCUCCGACAGGAGGCAACAGCACAAACACGAAGAAGAGACAGAGAUUGUCGACAGCGAAGAAUCAAUCGAGGAACGCAGGCGGCUAUCGCAGCAACGUCGUAGACAACCCCUGCACCCGCUACGGCCUGUGCUGCCGAGCGAGGAGCAGGUUGUGGAGGAAUUGGCCCCCGAUUUUCUUACUUCGCCUACACGGGAAACGCACAGCCUUCCUUUGGAAGUAGCGUCCGUAACGAGCGAAUCGACCGUGUUGAGCCAGGUGUCAAAUCUAGUCGAACCUGACUCUACCGUCGGCACUAGUGCUACGGUGAAGGUUGUACCCGAAACGGCUUUAGUGACUGAGGAGAUCUUUUUGUCCGAACGAGAAUCGGACUCGAUGCUAUUGGACAGUACGCGUUUAGCGACUAGUCCGCAUUACAAGCUAUUUGGGCUGAAUGAGCCGGUUCAGGUUUCCGAGGUGAGUCCGCAGGAAAGUUCACUAGACCAGGGUGUGAUUGCAAUGCCGCAGGAAGCAUCAGCCACUACCGAUUUUGUACCCGUGCAACCGCUUGUUGUCAGUGAGUCCACGCCACAAGAUUCAACAGCCGUGUUGGUUAAAGCAAUCGAGAAUGUUAGCAACGCUACGUUGCAGCUUCUGACGCACGAUGCAACUAUUGUGCAAGAAACCGUGUCUUCACAGUCCGAGCAAGAGUUAUCGGUCCUGCAACGUCCGACACCCAGCCAUGCUUACUCCAACGUACUGUCGAAGGAAUCGCUACAAAUAACAGAAGUAAGUCGUAUCGAGAAGGAAGAAAUUUUCGACGGCCAUCUGAAACUACCUGCCGUGCAACCGCACUAUCAGAUACUUCCUUCUGAGUCCAUUCUGACUGAAGAGACCAUCACGCAGGACGCGCCAAGCCGCUACUACCCCGAGCUAGUCGUGCCUACGGAAAGCGCACGUCCGGCUAUUGUCGAACAAAAAUCUUACACUACCGAAGUUAUGAACGCUCCGGAAAAGGAGGACACUUAUCAACCCGGUCGUUUACCUCCACAGCAAUGGGCUGAUGUACAGCUGUUAACUAAAGAGCCGUUGUCCGUGACGGCACAACAAGUAGAAGAGUCUGAGAUUGAGUUCUCGGCUACACCAAAAAUAAGCUCCUACCAUGCGAUCGGUUCCGUUGCGUUGUUCGAAAACCAACUCACGACGCAACUGGUUAACGACAAUAUCACCACUCAAGACUUGCAGGCUCUGCCAUUCGAGCAUAAACGGGCUAAUGUGGAGUUCCUGGAGCGCACGAGUGUCUCCGUGUCGAAAGUGCUGAGUAAUGAGGCUGAAGCAUCGCUGGCACCGUUCGAAGUUACGGAUUCCGCAAUGGCACAGACUACGCUUACCGCACUCAAACCGGUAAGUCAAUCGACGCUACAGUUUAUCCACGAGAAGGAAACCCUGCACCAGGGAGCUCCUCGGCCCAACGAAGCUAUUGCCGCCACGCUGCUUGAACCGAUAGAGAAUCUUGCAGUCACUGAAAUAGAGACAGCUGAUACUGCCGGUCGAUUCUCACCGGAAGCUGUGGAACGGUCAGAGCAAGCAUCAGCCAGCUUUGUUCCCGUGCAGUCACACACCGUUGUCACGGUGGAAGCGAAUGAAAAAGAAGCUGAUCUACCCGCCAAAACGCUCAUGCCCUCGGUCUAUGCUGAAACGCAGCUUAACCUUCAGCAUCAACUCGAAGUUGUGCAGCAUGAAACAGCAGAACGUGAAUACACUUUCCAACCCAUGGCCUUGCCACUCGAUCAAGUACUAAAACCAACGCCCACUGACAGUCUGAAGUCGGUGCUGAUAGAGGAAACAAUAGCCAACAUUUCCGCGGGUGACUUACAACAAAUCACUCCAUCAUCUCAGCUGGCACGUGUCGUACGUUCUGGUGAACACGAGGAGAAGAUAGUCUCUGAAACGACCAUCUAUGAAACGCUUCGUUCCCAGGAAGAAGUAGUGAAACCGGAAGAGAAAACUGCAGAACUUCAGCUGCCCAGCUUGGCAAGUGAACUGAUUGUGACGGAGGUUAUCAGUGGGCAAAUAGCGAGUGAUGAAUGUAAACUGCACGAGUUGGCAAAGGAUCAAACGCUCAAACCCAUCCCAACUCACUUGCUCAAAACGGUUCUGGUUGAGGAAACGGUUACUAGUGAAGGGGUGGAUCGUUUGGAUGUUCAGCAGACAUACGGCGCCACCAGAGCUAGCGUGAAGGGUGACGAACUGGAAGAAACCAUUAUAUCUGAAUCGAUCGUAUUGGAAGGUACGGUACAGUACACGUCACCGGAUACACCCGCACAAAAGUCUGCCAUUGCAAACGUUGAGCGUCCUGUCGAAGGAUUAACUGUGACAGAGAUAAUAUCGGAGCAGCGCGAACAGGAAGAGGCAAUAUCACCCGCCAAAGAUUGCUCGGCAAAAGCCGUGCCAACCGAAGCACUCAAAUCUGUACUCAUCGAAGAAGUGCAGCUAUCUAGCCAUGCCGAUACACUGGAGACUACUGAGGCUCACAUUUCUGAGGCUAUCAUCAAGAUUGGCGAUUCGCUAGAGCAGACUACCGUACAGGAGCUGCUAGUUCUAGAAGAUGUUAACAAACUUACAGAGGAUACUAAACCCGAGCAGAAACAAGCGGAAGCACUUCUCCAACCUCGCUCUGAACUCACCAUCACCGAGGUAGUCGCGGAAGAUCGCGAACGGGAAGGUUUCGAUGUGGCCGAAAUAGCUAAAGACCACACGGCUCGUUCCGUGCCGACACAUACCCUCAAAUCCGUACAGGUCGAAACUACCGAAACGGUCGAUUCGGUAGCGAACAUCGUCGCACCCGUUAUCGCAGAGUCUCUUGCAACAUUGCAGCAUGAUGAAUUAGAAGAGAAGAUUGUCAGUGAACAACUGGUCCUGGAAGGGGUUCAUCAGUACGAACAAGAAACAUUCUCCAUGCGCCAAGCAGUUCCAGCACUUGUACCAAAUACCGAGCUGACGGUAACAGAAGUGGUGAUCGAGCAGAAAGAACAAGAAAAGGUUGACGAGCCGAUGGCCAACGAUGCACGCGCCCAGCCAAUGCCAACACACAUGCUGAAAACGGUCACAGUUGAGCAGGUUGAAGCGUCUGAAAGUCUUGAUAAGAUAGAGCAACUCGUUUCAGUCGAAAGCCUGGCAAACGUCCGCAGCGAUCAGCUCGAGCAAAUGGUGGUUUCGGAAACGAUCCCUUACGAAGCCACUGCUGGUAUGGUUGAAGAGGGUAAACCAACGGAAAAACGCGCCGAUUUGACGAUUAUUCCAAUCAAUGAACUUCUUGUUAGCGAAACCGUCGCAGAACAGAAGGAGAGAGAAGGGUUCAGUGUGGCGGAUAUCGCUCUGGAUUAUGUUGCCAAACAGGUGCCGGCACAUUCGUUCAAAUCGGUCCUCGUGGAGGAAACUAUCACCAGUGAGGAUGCAUCCCAACUGAGCGACGCGGCUGCUAAUGUUACGAAAGCAACGACCCAUAGCGACGAACUGGAACAAACAACCGUAUCCGAAACAUUUGCCUUUGAGGAAACUCCAAUAUUGGAAGCGGCUCCGAAACCCGCACCUAAAUCGGCCGAAUCUUUGUACGAACCGCAGAUCGGAGUAAUAGUUACGGAAAUUAACGCAGCACAAAAAGAGCGUGACGGCUUCAGUGUGGCAGAGCUUGCUCAAGAUCACACGGCAAUGCCUGUCGCAGGACAUGCGCUGAAGACGGUCACAAUAGAAGAAGUCUCGGUAGCUGACACGAUCGAACAGUUAAAGUCUCCACAGCAAAUGCUCAGUUCAGCUUCCGUGCGUAGCGAACAGUACGAACAGACAACAGUACAGGAAACAACCGUCUACGAAGGUUCACAGCAGCUGCCGGUGGAUGAGAUACCGGCAGCAAAGUCUGCCGAUCGUUCAGUCGUACCCAACGCCGAGCUGGUGGUUACCGAAAUCGUAAGCGAGCAAAAAGAAAGAGAAGGUUACAAUGUGGCUGACCUGGCUCGUGAUCACACGGCAACAACAUCGGUAACGACGCACUCACUCAAAACCGUUACUGUUCAGGAAACACUGACGGAAGAGCGCGUUGACAAGCUUCAAGACGAGCAGACAGCUGAAGCCUCUUCCGCCACUUGCACAGACGACAAACUGGAGGAGACUGUAGUGCGGCAACCGCUUGUGCUAGAAACCAUCGAUAACUACACGAUGGAGUUUACUCCGUCUGAAAAGCAAGCACUACCAAACGUAACACCUAUGAGCGAACUGCUUGUGACGGAGGUAGUGGUGGAACAGAAGGAAAAGGAAGGCUACUCGGUGCUCGAUAUCGCACAAGAGCAUGUUGUCAAAAUACUUCCAUCGCAUACCCUGAAGUCGGUCAUCGUGGAAGAAGUGCAGACAUCGGACGUUGUAGAGGACGUCGAGGAACUGCGCUCAGUCCUUCUCAAAGCUAGCGUACGCAAAGAGCAGCUGGAAUCACAAACCACUACGGAACAGUUAGUACUAGAGGGUCUGGACCAACUUGAUGAACAACAGAAACCUAUUCACAAAUCUGCUACUUCUAACAUUGAAGCCAUUAGUGAGCUGCUCGUAACAGAAGUCGUUACCGAGCAGAAAGAACAGGAAGGGUACGAUGUACAGCAGAUCGCGAGCAACUACAAUGCUAAAGAAGUUCCUUCCCACACGUUACGAUCAGCACUCAUUGAAGAAACACAUGCCAUAGAUGAUGUGAAACAAUUUCUCGAAACACCAAACACAUCUCAUGCCAGACCACUCGCGGGUGAGAUAGAGGAACGUGUCAUUGCGGAAACGGUUGUGCUGGAAAAUGUUGACACACUUGAGCAAAUGGCACAACCGGAGGAAAAAUAUGCGGAAACCGUACUGCCACGUCUAACGGAAUUGCAGAUAACGGAAGUGAUCACAGAGCAGAAGGAGAAGGAUGGAUACAGUAUAUCUGAUUUAAUAGUACAACAGUCGGCGAAAACGGUGCCCACUGAACCGUUUAAGCCGAUCACUGUCGAGGAAGUUGUCCUUUCAAACGCAACUGAGAAUAUUGCUGAUAAAGAAACGGUACCCACCACGCUUGCCACCGUGCGCAGCGUCGAGCAUCAAGAAACGUCCAUUUCCGAACAGGUCGUGCUCGAAGCAACCGACCGUUUUGAACUACAAACUGUGCCAGAGAGCAAAACGGCAUCCACCUCGAUGCAGCCUCGUGAAGAAUUGAUUGUCACGGAGGUCGUCAGUGAGCAGAAAGAGUCGGAGGGUUUCGAUGUGCAUGCAAUUGCCAGCGGCUAUUCGGCGCAUCUUGUUCCAUCACAUAUACUCAAAUCACUUGCGGUGGAACAGAUUCAUCCCGUCGAGAUGCACGGUGAAAUGAAGGAAGAAUUCACAAUUCCCACCGAGAAUCGGGCAUUGAUAAAUGAGUCGGAACAUGAGCAGAAAACGAUACAAGAAACCAUGGUUUACGAAAUGUUAUCAGAGAAACCAACAGAUCAGACUCCAGAGCAAAGACUAGCUAACAUUGAUGUGCAGCCGGUUCAAGAACUAGUUGUUACUGAAAUAAUUAUCGAGCAAAAGGAACGAGAGGGCUUAGAUGUACAAGCCAUGGCGAAAGAUUACACAGCUCAUCCCACUACGGCCGGUUUACUUAAAUCCAUUGCAAUACAAGAGGUACAUUUGUCAGAUGACCUUGCCGAACUAGGUACAAUUAUUCCUGCCGCAACAGCUACUCUACAAACGGACAGCUUGCAAGAAACGAUCGGGUCAGAAACUACAGUACUGGAAGACAUUACACACAUGGUGCCUGCUGAUCGUCCUACGGGAAAGACUGCCACAACAGCCAUUCUACCGAAUGUUGAACUGCAGGUAAUGGAGGUAGUUGUUGAGCAGAAGGAAAAAGAAGGCUACGACAUUAAAACAUUCGCCAAAGAUGUUCAUGCUCAAGCCCUUUCCGGAGCAGAACCACUGAGAUCGAUUGUAGUAGAAGAAAUCCACGUAAGUCAUGACACGCCACAACUAUCUUCGAAGGUUGGCCAAAAGCAGGAGGCGACCACAAUCAAAGAUCAACUCGAACAAACAAUUGUAAGUGAAACGUUGGUCUACGACAACUUAGGACAACAGCAAGAUCGGUUAGCUCCGGAAGAACAUCACGCAGAACCGAGUUUGGAUGCAAUAACUGGAGUAACCAUAACAGAAGUGAUCACCGAACAAAAAGCGAAGGAAGGCGUUGAUCUAACAGAAGUAGACAGUCAGAAAGCAAAACUUGUACCGAGUGAUGCUAUGAAGUCCAUAACAGUGCAACAGGUAGAAACACUUCAAAGUGUGUCCGAUGUCCCGAGAGACCAGACACCAAAAUCGAAGGCAUUAAUCAAAAGCGACACCAUCGAUGAAACGACCAUCAUGGAGACGAUGGUUUUGGAAGACAUAACCGAGUACAAACAAAAUCUGGAGCUGACUGAACAAACGGCUAAGGCACUGGCGGAUGAGGAAAUCAAGAAAUCACUUCUUGUGGAGCAAGUAUUGACGUUGCAGGAACCGAACUCGUUUAUGCUUGACGAUGCUAAACCAGUUGAAGCAUCCUUGACUGCAGAACAAAUGCUGCAGACUACCGUAGAGCAGAUAACCGUUUUCGAGGGAGCUGAACAGCUGACAUCAACGCUGUCUAUGAAUAAAAAAUAUCCCGUACUCGAUAUGCAAGGACUGGAGCUUCCCGUUCAAAGCACUGUGGAUGUAUCAGUCGCUUUGAGUGAUUUAACGCCAAUCCAAGAGACCGCGGCUAGUGCUAAACCCGAUAUCACGGAACAGCUUCCUGCGGCUUCCAUCACGGAAACUGUGAGUCAGGACUCAUUCGGCAAACUAUCGACGGCUAAGGAAACCGCCGCUCAACAGGCGCAACGCAAGGUAUCCAAUUUAUUUGUAUCGACUACAACCGAAAUGGUGCUAGGUGAAGGGCUAGAAAGAACUGAUUUCAGUCUACAGUCAGAGGCCCAAACUGCGUUCAUGAAGUUUACCGAAAUGACAGUUGCACCCCUGCAAUCUGAACUAGUCACAUCUGAUACGGCACAGCUACUCGAAGCGACCACGCAGCCACGUAAGUUUGCCUCUGCGACGGUGGAGGAAGGUUUGAAGGCACCUGAAUGUUUAGAGGUAGCUAGUAAUGAACAGAGCGACGUCGCCGUGGACUUUGUAGCGUCUGGCAGACGUGCAUCUGUUACCUUUAUUACUAACCAAACGGUCAAUGUUUCCGAAACGACUCUCGACGAGUACACAGAUCGGAUUGAGCUUGCUCAAGAGCCAGAACAACGGUUCGCAAGAUUGACAGAAUCUGCUCUGCUCACGUACGAGGAGUCUCGUCCUGUGAUAGCAAAGGAUCACACUGGCCACAAAACACGUAAUACUACAUCACACAGCAGACAGAUCACAAGUCAAGCCACUACACAACAAGAAGAACAAAUCUCACACACUGAAGUUACACAAAACAAACUCAUUACCAGAAACACGCAUGCACUACAUACCAUGCCUGACGAUGUAGAAGAAAGUUACGAAGUCUAUGAUGCGGGUGAAACUAGAAAGCGAAAAGUGCAAAAGCGAAUCAUCAAAACAACCGAAAAUGGGAAAGAGCAAAUUACCGAAAUUGUCACAGUUCAUAUCGAUAGCCAGCCUCCAAUGACUACAGUAACUGUAAAAGAACAGGAUCUGUCAUCUGAUGAAAUACGCAACAUAAAACCAGGCAACGCGACGAAAACGAUUACUGCGACAAGUACCAAUAUUAUCGAGAAAAAGACGAAAAAGCCCAAGCAGGGUGAGGCCACCAGCGAGGAAGUACCUCAGGAAGAGGUUGACGAAUUGAUCCUCGCACUGGCUCCCUUGGAACAACCAGUUAUCGAGGAGCUUCCCGAACAUGUUGAGGUCGUUGAGACUAUCACCCAAGAAGGAAAACCCAAGAAGCAUGUCACCAAAACUAAGAUCAUCAAGAAGAAGACGGCCGACAAGGUCGAGGAGGUGAAGAUUGUGACUGUGCAGGAAGACGAUCAAGUACCAGAGACCACGGUCACAAUGACUGAAGAAGAAAUAGCUCCUCAGAUUAUGCAAAGCACAUCUGACGAGAUGCCUAUGAUUGAGGUCGUCAAACCGAAGAAAAAGAAGGUUAAGACCAUCCGGAAAAAGGGUGAAGAUACUGAUCGCAUUGUCCAGAAGCUCCUCAGUUUGGAAGUCACGAGCACUGAACCAGAACAAUAUCAGCAGCUCGAUGAGGAUGCCCCCACUCUACCCAUCUUGCUUCAAUCUGCUGUAGAAGCUCUGGAAAUCGAAGAGCUUCCCGAAGAGGUCAAGGUGACUGAAGUUAUCACCAGGACUGGUCAAGCGAAAAAGCAGAUCACCAAAAAGAAAACCAUCAAGAAACGCGUCGGCCAGAAGGAGGAACACAUCGAAGUGGUCACUGUUGAGCAAGACGACAUGGCUCCAGAAACUACCAUUACUGUCACCGAAGAGGAGGUCCCGGAUUCCAAGCCAGUGGAUGACAAACCUAAGCCCAAGAAGAAGAAGGUCAAGACCAUCAAGACCACCGACGAUUCUGACGAUAUCAUUGAGCGACUCCUUAAUCUUGAGGUACAUAAAACUGAACUGGAACAGUACGAGAAAAUCGACGUUGACCUACAGAAGCGUAUGCGUCCUGUAGAGGAAACAACGAUCGAGGAGCAUCCCGAAGUCGUCGAAGAAGUCAGAUCUGACUCAGGCGUAGUCAAGAAGAAGGUCGUCAAGAAGAAAAUCAUCAAGAAACGUGUCGGACCCAAGGAAGAGGUUACUGAGGAAGUUACCAUACAGGAAGAUGGCAAGCAGCCCGAAACAACGGUCACGAUCAGCGAACAUGAGGUACCUUACGAGGUUACAGAGCCUUUCGAGGAAGAGCUCAAACCUCUUGAAGCUGUUGUGGAUGUGUAUCCCGAGCCGAUGGAAGCUACUCUCAAGACGAAGAGUACCAAGAUUAUCAAGAAAAAGACGAAAAAGCCCAAGCAGGGUGAGGCCACCAGCGAGGAAGUACCUCAGGAAGAGGUUGACGAAUUGAUCCUCGCACUGGCUCCCUUGGAACAACCAGUUAUCGAGGAGCUUCCCGAACAUGUUGAGGUCGUUGAGACUAUCACCCAAGAAGGAAAACCCAAGAAGCAUGUCACCAAAACUAAGAUCAUCAAGAAGAAGACGGCCGACAAGGUCGAGGAGGUGAAGAUUGUGACUGUACAGGAAGACGAUCAAGUACCAGAGACCACGGUCACAAUGACUGAAGAAGAAAUAGCUCCUCAGAUUAUGCAAAGCACAUCUGACGAGAUGCCUAUGAUUGAGGUCGUCAAACCGAAGAAAAAGAAGGUUAAGACCAUCCGGAAAAAGGGUGAAGAUACUGAUCGCAUUGUCCAGAAGCUCCUCAGUUUGGAAGUAACGAGCACUGAACCAGAAGAAUAUCAACAACUCGACGAGGAUGCCCCCACUCUUCCCAUCAUGCUUCAAUCUGCAGUAGAAGCUCUGGAAAUCGAAGAGCUUCCCGAAGAGGUCAAGGUGACUGAAGUUAUCACCAGGACUGGUCAAGCGAAAAAGCAGAUCACCAAAAAGAAAACCAUCAAGAAACGCGUCGGCCAGAAGGAGGAACACAUCGAAGUGGUCACUGUUGAGCAAGACGACAUGGCUCCAGAAACUACCAUUACUGUCACCGAAGAGGAGGUCCCGGAUUUCAAGCCAGUGGAUGACAAACCUAAGCCCAAGAAGAAGAAGGUCAAGACCAUCAUGACCACCGACGAUUCUGACGAUAUCAUUGAGCGACUCCUUAAUCUUGAGGUGCAUAAAACUGAACUGGAACAGUACGAGAAAAUCGACGUUGACUUACAGAAGCGUAUGCGUUCUGUAGAGGAAACAACGAUCGAGGAGCAUCCCGAAGUCGUCGAAGAAGUCAGAUCUGACUCAGGCGUAGUCAAGAAGAAGGUCGUCAAGAAGAAGAUCAUCAAGAAACGUGUCGGACCCAAGGAAGAGGUUACUGAGGAAGUUACCAUACAGGAAGAUGGCAAGCAGCCCGAAACAACGGUCACGAUCAGCGAACAUGAGGUACCUUACGAGGUUACAGAGCCUUUCGAGGAAGAGCUCAAACCUCUUGAAGCUGUUGUGGAUGUGUAUCCCGAGCCGAUGGAAGCUACUCUCAAGACGAAGAGUACCAAGAUUAUCAAGAAAAAGACGAAAAAGCCCAAGCAGGGUGAGGCCACCAGCGAGGAAGUACCUCAGGAAGAGGUUGACGAAUUGAUCCUCGCACUGGCUCCCUUAGAACAACCAGUUAUCGAGGAGCUUCCCGAACAUGUUGAGGUCGUUGAGACUAUCACCCAAGAAGGAAAACCCAAGAAGCAUGUCACCAAAACUAAGAUCAUCAAGAAGAAGACGGCCGACAAAGUCGAGGAGGUGAAGAUUGUGACUGUGCAGGAAGACGAUCAAGUACCAGAGACCACGGUCACAAUGACUGAAGAAGAAAUAGCUCCUCAGAUUAUGCAAAGCACAUCUGACGAGAUGCCUAUGAUUGAGGUCGUCAAACCGAAGAAAAAGAAGGUUAAGACCAUCCGGAAAAAGGGUGAAGAUACUGAUCGCAUUGUCCAGAAGCUCCUCAGUUUGGAAGUCACGAGCACUGAACCAGAACAAUAUCAGCAGCUCGAUGAGGAUGCCCCCACUCUACCCAUCUUGCUUCAAUCUGCAGUAGAAGCUCUGGAAAUCGAAGAGCUUCCCGAAGAGGUCAAGGUGACUGAAGUUAUCACCAGGACUGGUCAAGCGAAAAAGCAGAUCACCAAAAAGAAAACCAUCAAGAAACGCGUCGGCCAGAAGGAGGAACACAUCGAAGUGGUCACUGUUGAGCAAGACGACAUGGCUCCAGAAACUACCAUUACUGUCACCGAAGAGGAGGUCCCGGAUUCCAAGCCAGUGGAUGACAAACCUAAGCCCAAGAAGAAGAAGGUCAAGACCAUCAAGACCACCGACGAUUCUGACGAUAUCAUUGAGCGACUCCUUAAUCUUGAGGUGCAUAAAACUGAACUGGAACAGUACGAGAAAAUCGACGUUGACUUACAGAAGCGUAUGCGUUCUGUAGAGGAAACAACGAUCGAGGAGCAUCCCGAAGUCGUCGAAGAAGUCAGAUCUGACUCAGGCGUAGUCAAGAAGAAGGUCGUCAAGAAGAAGAUCAUCAAGAAACGUGUCGGACCCAAGGAAGAGGUUACUGAGGAAGUUACCAUACAGGAAGAUGGCAAGCAGCCCGAAACAACGGUCACGAUCAGCGAACAUGAGGUACCUUACGAGGUUACAGAGCCUUUCGAGGAAGAGCUCAAACCUCUCGAAGCUGUUGUUGACGUGUAUCCCGAGCCGAUGGAAGCUAUUCUCAAGACGAAGAGUACCAAGAUUAUCAAGAAAAAGGUGAAAAAGCCCAAGCAGGGUGAGGCCACCAGCGAGGAAGUACCUCAGGAAGAGGUUGACGAAUUGAUCCUCGCACUGGCUCCCUUGGAACAACCAGUUAUCGAGGAGCUUCCCGAACAUGUUGAGGUCGUUGAGACUAUCACCCAAGAAGGAAAACCCAAGAAGCAUGUCACCAAAACUAAGAUCAUCAAGAAGAAGACGGCCGACAAGGUCGAGGAGGUGAAGAUUGUGACUGUGCAGGAAGACGAUCAAGUACCAGAGACCACGGUCACAAUGACUGAAGAAGAAAUAGCUCCUCAGAUUAUGCAAAGCACAUCUGACGAGAUGCCUAUGAUUGAGGUCGUCAAACCGAAGAAAAAGAAGGUUAAGACCAUCCGGAAAAGGGGUGAAGAUACUGAUCGCAUUGUCCAGAAGCUCCUCAGUUUGGAAGUCACGAGCACUGAACCAGAACAAUAUCAGCAGCUCGAUGAGGAUGCCCCCACUCUACCCAUCUUGCUUCAAUCUGCAGUAGAAGCUCUGGAAAUCGAAGAGCUUCCCGAAGAGGUCAAGGUGACUGAAGUUAUCACCAGGACUGGUCAAGCGAAAAAGCAGAUCACCAAAAAGAAAACCAUCAAGAAACGCGUCGGCCAGAAGGAGGAACACAUCGAAGUGGUCACUGUUGAGCAAGACGACAUGGCUCCAGAAACUACCAUUACUGUCACCGAAGAGGAGGUCCCGGAUUCCAAGCCAGUGGAUGACAAACCUAAGCCCAAGAAGAAGAAGGUCAAGACCAUCAAGACCACCGACGAUUCUGACGAUAUCAUUGAGCGACUCCUUAAUCUUGAGGUGCAUAAAACUGAACUGGAACAGUACGAGAAAAUCGACGUUGACUUACAGAAGCGUAUGCGUUCUGUAGAGGAAACAACGAUCGAGGAGCAUCCCGAAGUCGUCGAAGAAGUCAGAUCUGACUCAGGCGUAGUCAAGAAGAAGGUCGUCAAGAAGAAGAUCAUCAAGAAACGUGUCGGACCCAAGGAAGAGGUUACUGAGGAAGUUACCAUACAGGAAGAUGGCAAGCAGCCCGAAACAACGGUCACGAUCAGCGAACAUGAGGUACCUUACGAGGUUACAGAGCCUUUCGAGGAAGAGCUCAAACCUCUCGAAGCUGUUGUUGACGUGUAUCCCGAGCCGAUGGAAGCUAUUCUCAAGACGAAGAGUACCAAGAUUAUCAAGAAAAAGGUGAAAAAGCCCAAGCAGGGUGAGGCCACCAGCGAGGAAGUACCUCAGGAAGAGGUUGACGAAUUGAUCCUCGCACUGGCUCCCUUGGAACAACCAGUUAUCGAGGAGCUUCCCGAACAUGUUGAGGUCGUUGAGACUAUCACCCAAGAAGGAAAACCCAAGAAGCAUGUCACCAAAACUAAGAUCAUCAAGAAGAAGACGGCCGACAAGGUCGAGGAGGUGAAGAUUGUGACUGUGCAGGAAGACGAUCAAGUACCAGAGACCACGGUCACAAUGACUGAAGAAGAAAUAGCUCCUCAGAUUAUGCAAAGCACAUCUGACGAGAUGCCUAUGAUUGAGGUCGUCAAACCGAAGAAAAAGAAGGUUAAGACCAUCCGGAAAAGGGGUGAAGAUACUGAUCGCAUUGUCCAGAAGCUCCUCAGUUUGGAAGUAACGAGCACUGAACCAGAAGAAUAUCAACAACUCGACGAGGAUGCCCCCACUCUUCCCAUCAUGCUUCAAUCUGCAGUAGAAGCUCUGGAAAUCGAAGAGCUUCCCGAAGAGGUCAAGGUGACUGAAGUUAUCACCAGGACUGGUCAAGCGAAAAAGCAGAUCACCAAAAAGAAAACCAUCAAGAAACGCGUCGGCCAGAAGGAGGAACACAUCGAAGUGGUCACUGUUGAGCAAGACGACAUGGCUCCAGAAACUACCAUUACUGUCACCGAAGAGGAGGUCCCGGAUUCCAAGCCAGUGGAUGACAAACCUAAGCCCAAGAAGAAGAAGGUCAAGACCAUCAAGACCACCGACGAUUCUGACGAUAUCAUUGAGCGACUCCUUAAUCUUGAGGUACAUAAAACUGAACUGGAACAGUACGAGAAAAUCGACGUUGACCUACAGAAGCGUAUGCGUCCUGUAGAGGAAACAACGAUCGAGGAGCAUCCCGAAGUCGUCGAAGAAGUCAGAUCUGACUCAGGCGUAGUCAAGAAGAAGGUCGUCAAGAAGAAGAUCAUCAAGAAACGUGUCGGACCCAAGGAAGAGGUUACUGAGGAAGUUACCAUACAGGAAGAUGGCAAGCAGCCCGAAACAACGGUCACGAUCAGCGAACAUGAGGUACCUUACGAGGUUACAGAGCCUUUCGAGGAAGAGCUCAAACCUCUCGAAGCUGUUGUGGAUGUGUAUCCCGUGCCGAUGGAAGCUACUCUCAAGACGAAGAGUACCAAGAUUAUCAAGAAAAAGGUGAAAAAGCCCAAGCAGGGUGAGGCCACCAGCGAGGAAGUACCUCAGGAAGAGGUUGACGAAUUGAUCCUCGCACUGGCUCCCUUGGAACAACCAGUUAUCGAGGAGCUUCCCGAACAUGUUGAGGUCGUUGAGACUAUCACCCAAGAAGGAAAACCCAAGAAGCAUGUCACCAAAACUAAGAUCAUCAAGAAGAAGACGGCCGACAAGGUCGAGGAGGUGAAGAUUGUGACUGUGCAGGAAGACGAUCAAGUACCAGAGACCACGGUCACAAUGACUGAAGAAGAAAUAGCUCCUCAGAUUAUGCAAAGCACAUCUGACGAGAUGCCUAUGAUUGAGGUCGUCAAACCGAAGAAAAAGAAGGUUAAGACCAUCCGGAAAAAGGGUGAAGAUACUGAUCGCAUUGUCCAGAAGCUCCUCAGUUUGGAAGUCACGAGCACUGAACCAGAACAAUAUCAGCAGCUCGAUGAGGAUGCCCCCACUCUACCCAUCUUGCUUCAAUCUGCAGUAGAAGCUCUGGAAAUCGAAGAGCUUCCCGAAGAGGUCAAGGUGACUGAAGUUAUCACCAGGACUGGUCAAGCGAAAAAGCAGAUCACCAAAAAGAAAACCAUCAAGAAACGCGUCGGCCAGAAGGAGGAACACAUCGAAGUGGUCACUGUUGAGCAAGACGACAUGGCUCCAGAAACUACCAUUACUGUCACCGAAGAGGAGGUCCCGGAUUCCAAGCCAGUGGAUGACAAACCUAAGCCCAAGAAGAAGAAGGUCAAGACCAUCAAGACCACCGACGAUUCUGACGAUAUCAUUGAGCGACUCCUUAAUCUUGAGGUACAUAAAACUGAACUGGAACAGUACGAGAAAAUCGACGUUGACCUACAGAAGCGUAUGCGUCCUGUAGAGGAAACAACGAUCGAGGAGCAUCCCGAAGUCGUCGAAGAAGUCAGAUCUGACUCAGGCGUAGUCAAGAAGAAGGUCGUCAAGAAGAAGAUCAUCAAGAAACGUGUCGGACCCAAGGAAGAGGUUACUGAGGAAGUUACCAUACAGGAAGAUGGCAAGCAGCCCGAAACAACGGUCACGAUCAGCGAACAUGAGGUACCUUACGAGGUUACAGAGCCUUUCGAGGAAGAGCUCAAACCUCUCGAAGCUGUUGUGGAUGUGUAUCCCGAGCCGAUGGAAGCUACUCUCAAGACGAAGAGUACCAAGAUUAUCAAGAAAAAGGUGAAAAAGCCCAAGCAGGGUGAGGCCACCAGCGAGGAAGUACCUCAGGAAGAGGUUGACGAAUUGAUCCUCGCACUGGCUCCCUUGGAACAACCAGUUAUCGAGGAGCUUCCCGAACAUGUUGAGGUCGUUGAGACUAUCACCCAAGAAGGAAAACCCAAGAAGCAUGUCACCAAAACUAAGAUCAUCAAGAAGAAGACGGCCGACAAGGUCGAGGAGGUGAAGAUUGUGACUGUGCAGGAAGACGAUCAAGUACCAGAGACCACGGUCACAAUGACUGAAGAAGAAAUAGCUCCUCAGAUUAUGCAAAGCACAUCUGACGAGAUGCCUAUGAUUGAGGUCGUCAAACCGAAGAAAAAGAAGGUUAAGACCAUCCGGAAAAAGGGUGCAGAUACAGAUGAUAUAGUUCAAGAACUUCUGCAUUCAAUCAUUCCUGUAUCUGAAACGGAACCGUAUGACCAGUCUUUGAUCGAGGAGACUAAAGAACCUUUGUCAGCUGAUAGUGAGCAUCCGAAAACAAUCAAACCAACACGAAAAGCCAAACCCAAGAAGCAGACACACACAACCACUUCACAGCUUGAUACACAAGACACACUCUCACAAUCAUGUAUUCUACCACAACCUCUGGAUGCUGAAACUCACGAACACAUAUCUCCAGAAUACAUCACCACAUUUGAAACAUGCACAGACAACAACCAGACAUUCAUAAAGUCCCGAAACAUUAAAAUCAUUAAGGAACAUGGCGCAGUAAUCGAAGAAACAUUCGAUGAGGCCGAUACUCACACUAUCUCUCAUAUGCCGUCAGAAGUUCUGAUUGAGGAAAUUGAAGAAUCUGCACCAUCACUCCACACCACACAACUCGAAGAAACACCUCAAAUCGUACAGGAAGUCGCCACAAAACAUAAACCCAAGAAGAAACAAACACAAACACAAGCAAACGAACAAUCCGAGACUGUAACAGUUGAGGAAGUUCAACUGAUUCCGGAAGAUACCGAACAUACCGCUGAAAUACGUACGGUAGUCUCAAAGCAGGCUAAAUCCAAAAAAUCCAAAGUUACUGUUAUUCAAGGGGUCACUGAAACUGUUGUUGCCGAAAACGACGAAGAACUGCCUUUACCAGCUCAGCUCAUUCCCGCUAGCGAGCAGGCUGUUAUUAUUUCUGAGCUUCCAGAACAAGUGUCCGUGAAAGAAAUAAUUACUUUGACAGGAGAAGCGAAAAAGCAGAUCACCAAAAAGAAAACCAUCAAGAAACGCGUCGGCCAGAAGGAGGAACACAUCGAAGUGGUCACUGUUGAGCAAGACGACAUGGCUCCAGAAACUACCAUUACUGUCACCGAAGAGGAGGUCCCGGAUUCCAAGCCAGUGGAUGACAAACCUAAGCCCAAGAAGAAGAAGGUCAAGACCAUCAAGACCACCGACGAUUCUGACGAUAUCAUUGAGCGACUCCUUAAUCUUGAGGUACAUAAAACUGAACUGGAACAGUACGAGAAAAUCGACGUUGACCUACAGAAGCGUAUGCGUCCUGUAGAGGAAACAACGAUCGAGGAGCAUCCCGAAGUCGUCGAAGAAGUCAGAUCUGACUCAGGCGUAGUCAAGAAGAAGGUCGUCAAGAAGAAGAUCAUCAAGAAACGUGUCGGACCCAAGGAAGAGGUUACUGAGGAAGUUACCAUACAGGAAGAUGGCAAGCAGCCCGAAACAACGGUCACGAUCAGCGAACAUGAGGUACCUUACGAGGUUACAGAGCCUUUCGAGGAAGAGCUCAAACCUCUCGAAGCUGUUGUGGAUGUGUAUCCCGAGCCGAUGGAAGCUACUCUCAAGACGAAGAGUACCAAGAUUAUCAAGAAAAAGGUGAAAAAGCCCAAGCAGGGUGAGGCCACCAGCGAGGAAGUACCUCAGGAAGAGGUUGACGAAUUGAUCCUCGCACUGGCUCCCUUGGAACAACCAGUUAUCGAGGAGCUUCCCGAACAUGUUGAGGUCGUUGAGACUAUCACCCAAGAAGGAAAACCCAAGAAGCAUGUCACCAAAACUAAGAUCAUCAAGAAGAAGACGGCCGACAAGGUCGAGGAGGUGAAGAUUGUGACUGUGCAGGAAGACGAUCAAGUACCAGAGACCACGGUCACAAUGACUGAAGAAGAAAUAGCUCCUCAGAUUAUGCAAAGCACAUCUGACGAGAUGCCUAUGAUUGAGGUCGUCAAACCGAAGAAAAAGAAGGUUAAGACCAUCCGGAAAAAGGGUGAAGAUACUGAUCGCAUUGUCCAGAAGCUCCUCAGUUUGGAAGUCACGAGCACUGAACCAGAAGAAUAUCAACAACUCGACGAGGAUGCCCCCACUCUUCCCAUCAUGCUUCAAUCUGCAGUAGAAGCUCUGGAAAUCGAAGAGCUUCCCGAAGAGGUCAAGGUGACUGAAGUUAUCACCAGGACUGGUCAAGCGAAAAAGCAGAUCACCAAAAAGAAAACCAUCAAGAAACGCGUCGGCCAGAAGGAGGAACACAUCGAAGUGGUCACUGUUGAGCAGGACGACAUGGCUCCAGAAACUACCAUUACUGUCACCGAAGAGGAGGUCCCGGAUUCCAAGCCAGUGGAUGACAAACCUAAGCCCAAGAAGAAGAAGGUCAAGACCAUCAAGACCACCGACGAUUCUGACGAUAUCAUUGAGCGACUCCUUAAUCUUGAGGUACAUAAAACUGAACUGGAACAGUACGAGAAAAUCGACGUUGACCUACAGAAGCGUAUGCGUCCUGUAGAGGAAACAACGAUCGAGGAGCAUCCCGAAGUCGUCGAAGAAGUCAGAUCUGACUCAGGCGUAGUCAAGAAGAAGGUCGUCAAGAAGAAGAUCAUCAAGAAACGUGUCGGACCCAAGGAAGAGGUUACUGAGGAAGUUACCAUACAGGAAGAUGGUAAGCAGCCCGAAACAACGGUCACGAUCAGCGAACAUGAGGUACCUUACGAGGUUACAGAGCCUUUCGAGGAAGAGCUCAAACCUCUCGAAGCUGUUGUGGAUGUGUAUCCCGAGCCGAUGGAAGCUACUCUCAAGACGAAGAGUACCAAGAUUAUCAAGAAAAAGACGAAAAAGCCCAAGCAGGGUGAGGCCACCAGCGAGGAAGUACCUCAGGAAGAGGUUGACGAAUUGAUCCUCGCACUGGCUCCCUUGGAACAACCAGUUAUCGAGGAGCUUCCCGAACAUGUUGAGGUCGUUGAGACUAUCACCCAAGAAGGAAAACCCAAGAAGCAUGUCACCAAAACUAAGAUCAUCAAGAAGAAGACGGCCGACAAGGUCGAGGAGGUGAAGAUUGUGACUGUGCAGGAAGACGAUCAAGUACCAGAGACCACGGUCACAAUGACUGAAGAAGAAAUAGCUCCUCAGAUUAUGCAAAGCACAUCUGACGAGAUGCCUAUGAUUGAGGUCGUCAAACCGAAGAAAAAGAAGGUUAAGACCAUCCGGAAAAAGGGUGAAGAUACUGAUCGCAUUGUCCAGAAGCUCCUCAGUUUGGAAGUCACGAGCACUGAACCAGAAGAAUAUCAACAACUCGACGAGGAUGCCCCCACUCUUCCCAUCAUGCUUCAAUCUGCAGUAGAAGCUCUGGAAAUCGAAGAGCUUCCCGAAGAGGUCAAGGUGACUGAAGUUAUCACCAGGACUGGUCAAGCGAAAAAGCAGAUCACCAAAAAGAAAACCAUCAAGAAACGCGUCGGCCAGAAGGAGGAACACAUCGAAGUGGUCACUGUUGAGCAGGACGACAUGGCUCCAGAAACUACCAUUACUGUCACCGAAGAGGAGGUCCCGGAUUCCAAGCCAGUGGAUGACAAACCUAAGCCCAAGAAGAAGAAGGUCAAGACCAUCAAGACCACCGACGAUUCUGACGAUAUCAUUGAGCGACUCCUUAAUCUUGAGGUACAUAAAACUGAACUGGAACAGUACGAGAAAAUCGACGUUGACCUACAGAAGCGUAUGCGUCCUGUAGAGGAAACAACGAUCGAGGAGCAUCCCGAAGUCGUCGAAGAAGUCAGAUCUGACUCAGGCGUAGUCAAGAAGAAGGUCGUCAAGAAGAAGAUCAUCAAGAAACGUGUCGGACCCAAGGAAGAGGUUACUGAGGAAGUUACCAUACAGGAAGAUGGCAAGCAGCCCGAAACAACGGUCACGAUCAGCGAACAUGAGGUACCUUACGAGGUUACAGAGCCUUUCGAGGAAGAGCUCAAACCUCUCGAAGCUGUUGUGGAUGUGUAUCCCGAGCCGAUGGAAGCUACUCUCAAGACGAAGAGUACCAAGAUUAUCAAGAAAAAGACGAAAAAGCCCAAGCAGGGUGAGGCCACCAGCGAGGAAGUACCUCAGGAAGAGGUUGACGAAUUGAUCCUCGCACUGGCUCCCUUGGAACAACCAGUUAUCGAGGAGCUUCCCGAACAUGUUGAGGUCGUUGAGACUAUCACCCAAGAAGGAAAACCCAAGAAGCAUGUCACCAAAACUAAGAUCAUCAAGAAGAAGACGGCCGACAAGGUCGAGGAGGUGAAGAUUGUGACUGUGCAGGAAGACGAUCAAGUACCAGAGACCACGGUCACAAUGACUGAAGAAGAAAUAGCUCCUCAGAUUAUGCAAAGCACAUCUGACGAGAUGCCUAUGAUUGAGGUCGUCAAACCGAAGAAAAAGAAGGUUAAGACCAUCCGGAAAAAGGGUGAAGAUACUGAUCGCAUUGUCCAGAAGCUACUCAGUUUGGAAGUCACGAGCACUGAACCAGAACAAUAUCAGCAGCUCGAUGAGGAUGCCCCCACUCUACCCAUCUUGCUUCAAUCUGCAGUAGAAGCUCUGGAAAUCGAAGAGCUUCCCGAAGAGGUCAAGGUGACUGAAGUUAUCACCAGGACUGGUCAAGCGAAAAAGCAGAUCACCAAAAAGAAAACCAUCAAGAAACGCGUCGGCCAGAAGGAGGAACACAUCGAAGUGGUCACUGUUGAGCAAGACGACAUGGCUCCAGAAACUACCAUUACUGUCACCGAAGAGGAGGUCCCGGAUUCCAAGCCAGUGGAUGACAAACCUAAGCCCAAGAAGAAGAAGGUCAAGACCAUCAAGACCACCGACGAUUCUGACGAUAUCAUUGAGCGACUCCUUAAUCUUGAGGUACAUAAAACUGAACUGGAACAGUACGAGAAAAUCGACGUUGACCUACAGAAGCGUAUGCGUCCUGUAGAGGAAACAACGAUCGAGGAGCAUCCCGAAGUCGUCGAAGAAGUCAGAUCUGACUCAGGCGUAGUCAAGAAGAAGGUCGUCAAGAAGAAGAUCAUCAAGAAACGUGUCGGACCCAAGGAAGAGGUUACUGAGGAAGUUACCAUACAGGAAGAUGGCAAGCAGCCCGAAACAACGGUCACGAUCAGCGAACAUGAGGUACCUUACGAGGUUACAGAGCCUUUCGAGGAAGAGCUCAAACCUCUCGAAGCUGUUGUGGAUGUGUAUCCCGUGCCGAUGGAAGCUACUCUCAAGACGAAGAGUACCAAGAUUAUCAAGAAAAAGGUGAAAAAGCCCAAGCAGGGUGAGGCCACCAGCGAGGAAGUACCUCAGGAAGAGGUUGACGAAUUGAUCCUCGCACUGGCUCCCUUGGAACAACCAGUUAUCGAGGAGCUUCCCGAACAUGUUGAGGUCGUUGAGACUAUCACCCAAGAAGGAAAACCCAAGAAGCAUGUCACCAAAACUAAGAUCAUCAAGAAGAAGACGGCCGACAAGGUCGAGGAGGUGAAGAUUGUGACUGUGCAGGAAGACGAUCAAGUACCAGAGACCACGGUCACAAUGACUGAAGAAGAAAUAGCUCCUCAGAUUAUGCAAAGCACAUCUGACGAGAUGCCUAUGAUUGAGGUCGUCAAACCGAAGAAAAAGAAGGUUAAGACCAUCCGGAAAAAGGGUGCAGAUACAGAUGAUAUAGUUCAAGAACUUCUGCAUUCAAUCAUUCCUGUAUCUGAAACGGAACCGUAUGACCAGUCUUUGAUCGAGGAGACUAAAGAACCUUUGUCAGCUGAUAGUGAGCAUCCGAAAACAAUCAAACCAACACGAAAAGCCAAACCCAAGAAGCAGACACACACAACCACUUCACAGCUUGAUACACAAGACACACUCUCACAAUCAUGUAUUCUACCACAACCUCUGGAUGCUGAAACUCACGAACACAUAUCUCCAGAAUACAUCACCACAUUUGAAACAUGCACAGACAACAACCAGACAUUCAUAAAGUCCCGAAACAUUAAAAUCAUUAAGGAACAUGGCGCAGUAAUCGAAGAAACAUUCGAUGAGGCCGAUACUCACACUAUCUCUCAUAUGCCGUCAGAAGUUCUGAUUGAGGAAAUUGAAGAAUCUGCACCAUCAUUCCACACCACACAACUCGAAGAAACACCUCAAAUCGUACAGGAAGUCGCCACAAAACAUAAACCCAAGAAGAAACAAACACAAACACAAGCAAACGAACAAUCCGAGACUGUAACAGUUGAGGAAGUUCAACUGAUUCCGGAAGAUACCGAACAUACCGCUGAAAUACGUACGGUAGUCUCAAAGCAGGCUAAAUCCAAAAAAUCCAAAGUUACUGUUAUUCAAGGGGUCACUGAAACUGUUGUUGCCGAAAACGACGAAGAACUGCCUUUACCAGCUCAGCUCAUUCCCGCUAGCGAGCAAGCUGUUAUUAUUUCUGAGCUUCCAGAACAAGUGUCCGUGAAAGAAAUAAUUACUUUGACAGGAGAAGCGAAAAAGCAGAUCACCAAAAAGAAAACCAUCAAGAAACGCGUCGGCCAGAAGGAGGAACACAUCGAAGUGGUCACUGUUGAGCAAGACGACAUGGCUCCAGAAACUACCAUUACUGUCACCGAAGAGGAGGUCCCGGAUUCCAAGCCAGUGGAUGACAAACCUAAGCCCAAGAAGAAGAAGGUCAAGACCAUCAAGACCACCGACGAUUCUGACGAUAUCAUUGAGCGACUCCUUAAUCUUGAGGUACAUAAAACUGAACUGGAACAGUACGAGAAAAUCGACGUUGACCUACAGAAGCGUAUGCGUCCUGUAGAGGAAACAACGAUCGAGGAGCAUCCCGAAGUCGUCGAAGAAGUCAGAUCUGACUCAGGCGUAAUCAAGAAGAAGGUCGUCAAGAAGAAGAUCAUCAAGAAACGUGUCGGACCCAAGGAAGAGGUUACUGAGGAAGUUACCAUACAGGAAGAUGGCAAGCAGCCCGAAACAACGGUCACGAUCAGCGAACAUGGAGUACCUUACGAGGUUACAGAGCCUUUCGAGGAAGAGCUCAAACCUCUCGAAGCUGUUGUGGAUGUAUAUCCCGAGCCGAUGGAAGCUACUCUCAAGACGAAGAGUACCAAGAUUAUCAAGAAAAAGACGAAAAAGCCCAAGCAGGGUGAGGACACCAGCGAGGAAGUACCUCAGGAAGAGGUUGACGAAUUGAUCCUCGCACUAGCUCCCUUGGAACAACCAGUUAUCGAGGAGCUUCCCGAACAUGUUGAGGUCGUUGAGACUGUCACCCAAGAAGGAAAACCCAAGAAGCAUGUCACCAAAACUAAGAUCAUCAAGAAGAAGACGGCCGACAAGGUCGAGGAGGUGAAGAUUGUGACUGUGCAGGAAGACGAUCAAGUACCAGAGACCACAGUCACAAUGACUGAAGAAGAAAUAGCUCCUCAGAUUAUGCAAAGCACAUCUGACGAGAUGCCUAUGAUUGAGGUCGUCAAACCAAAGAAAAAGAAGAUCAAAACGAUUAAAAAGAAGGGAGACGAUACCGAUGCAAUUAUUCAAAAGCUUCUCAAUUUAGAAGUGAAGAAAACUGAGCUGGAAAAAUAUGAAAAAGUUGAUGUUGAGUUUAAAAGCAAAACUAAACAAACUGAGGAAUUCGUUAUUGAAGAUCAUCCUGAAUUUGCAGAGCUUGCCGAUGCUCCCGUACAAAACGCGGUAAAGAAGAUUACGAAAACGAGAUCUUUGAAAUCCAAGCAACCACAGGAGAGUGCAGAAAUAGUUCCGAUGGCACCCAUGGAUGAACAAGAACCAGAAGUCCAUGUUGCGGAACAUCCUAAAUCGAUUGAUGACAUUGAUGAAAUAUUCGAGCAAGCUGAAGAAUUUGCUUAUGCGAUGCCUGAAGAGCAGAUGCCUAUUGUUGAGGAGCUGCCAGAAGAAAUUAUGGUAAAUGAGGUGGUUUCACUUAGCGGCAAAGUAAAGAAACAAACCACAAAAAAACGCACAGUGAAGAAGACUACAGGAGACAAACAAGAACUUGUAGAAGUGGUUACGGUUGAAGAAGAAGGCCAACAACCUGAAACAACCAUCACUAUCAUUGAAUCAGAAGUUCAGCCAGAAUCCCCAACUACUACUGAGCAAAAAGACACAGAAUCUAUCAGCCAACCGCUGGAGCCUCGUAAGCUAAAAAAGAAGAAAGUUAAAACUAUCAAAACUACGGAUGAGGUUGAUGACAUCAUUGAGAGAUUACUGAACCUUGAGAUAAAGAAAACCGAACUGGAACGUUAUGAACGAGUAGAAGUCGAACUAAAAAAGCGUCACAAAACAAUGAUCGAAGAAACCUUGGAAAGGCCAGAAGCGGCAAUCGCUAUUUUAGAAAUGAUAGACUCGCCUAAACCCGAAACUGUUCGAAAGUCUUCAAUCACACAGCAGCAGAUGACGGAAGAGCCGAAGAAAACUGUGAAGAAAAAGAAACCAACAUCUUCAACAGUUGCUGAAACUGCACAAGAUCUUGCACCGCUCACGAUUAAACCAUUGGAAGCAACUGUAGUACCGGAGGAAAUUACAUUAACGGAAGAUACGAUGGUAAAACAAGAAGAAAUGGUGCCAAUUGAAACGAUCACUAAAAAGAAAGCAGCUAAAAAAUCUUUGCGCAAAGAGCAACCGUUAAACACGGCCGAUUCAUCAACUGAGGAACCUUCCUUAGCAAUCAAUGUUCCAGAAUCGGUAGAAGAGUUUGAUAUUGAGCUUACAGAAACAGAUGUCGUUCGAGAAGUGUUGGUAGUUGAACCGCAGCCACAAGAAGCCUACCUGGAAGAGUUUGAUAGAUCGUUCUUAACCUACGAAGAAAAAUCGCUUAAGAAACUACAAGAACUACAAAUGAAACCGGUUCCGGAGACACAAGUCGAACUUAAAAAGACGGAAAAGAAGUUGAAGAAAAAACCCAAAAAGGAACAACGUCCGGAAGAAGAUGAACAGCUGCAGCGCUUGUUGAACUUAGAGGUCGAAAAGACACAACUGGAACAGUACGAAAAAAUAGAGCUCGAAGGUAAACCCAAACCUGAGAAGCCUAAACUUACAUUGGUGCCACAAAAAAUUGAACGCAAAGAACAAAAACCUCAGAAGAUGCUGAUAUCAGAGCCAGAAGAUCAACCCCAAAUGGUUAGGCUUCGAAAAGUAAAGGUACCACAUCGUAAGGAAAUUGAGGAAAUUCUUGUGCCCAAGGUAUUGCUCAAGAGUCGCAUUGUCGCUGUGCAGUAUCCACCAGAGGCGAUGAUGCCAGUCAUUACUGACCUGACACCGGUCAAAGCCGUUGGUCAAAUGUCGAGAAUAGACGAAGAAGAAACAACUGAUAAGCUGAAGAAGGUGAGGAAAAUAAAAACUAGCAAAGGCAAGAAGCUGGAAUUGGAAACACCAGACAGCAUGGAAUACGAAGAGGAAAAACCAGAAAAGGAAGAAUUUGACCAGGAAGCUCACAAAUAUCAACGAAAACCUAAAGAAACGAUUGAUGACACACCAGAAGAGAAAACGCUGAAGCUUGGUAAAGGUAAGCUUAAGAAGGAAGAUGAUGAUUUGGAGCAUGUUAAACUAAAGAAAACACCAAAGAAACCAAAAGAGGAUGAACCGGAAGAGCAAAAGUCCGUUAGUAAAUCGAAGCAAACACCAACUGAGCUUGAAAGCGAUAAUAAACAGCGUCAUGUUGAAAAGCCAGUAUAUAAACCGACUGACAUACCAGACUAUAGCACAGAAAUGGAAGAAUAUAAAGCUCCCGAACCAACACCUGACGAACCGGACGAAGAGAUGAAGAAAAAGCCUAAGCCCAAAAGGAAACCGGAAACGCCGGAUGAAAAGGAAGUCGAACCAAAGCCUUUGGUCAUGGGCAAGGGCAAGCCUAAACCUGACACUCCAGAAGAUGAUGUUAAGUUCAGAAUUCCAGUUAGUAAGAAGGAAGACGAAGAACCAACAGACAUCAAGCUGAAACCAUUCACUAAACCUUCCUCCAAAGAGGAAGAACCUGAUAAGGAAGCUGACAGAGAAAUGGCGCUACCAGCUAGCACUGAAAAACCAGAAGAGCCUGAGGUUGACACCACUUCCCCACAGAAGCUGAAGAAAAUUGUAAAGAAAUCUAAACCAAAACAAAAACCAGACAGUCAAGAUCGUGCAGAGGAGCCAGUUGAGGAAGAAGUGCCACAAUCGGUGCCUGAUGUCGCAGAAGAUGUCCCCGAUAUCGUUCAUGCCGUCGUACCCAAAACAAUCAUGGAUGAUGAUUUCCAACAACCGGAAGAGUUGGACCUAACACCGAAACCGCUGGUUGAUUUCGUAAUAGAACAGCUUCCCGAAGAGGUCAAAGUGACACAAGUGAAAACGGAAACGGGUGCAGUCGAACAGCAAACAGUCAAGCGGCGCGUCAUCAAAAAGAAGAAAGAUGACAAGGAAGAGCUCAUUGAGAUAGUUACCGUACAGAAAGGAGAUGAUAUUCCCGAGGCAACAGUAACAGUGACACAAGUGACCCCAGAAGACAGUAGCGCGCAGCCGGAAAGCGCGAAGCGGAAAGUUCGUAUCAAGAAAACGGUUAAACCUGACACUCUGGAAGCUGACAUUGAGCGAUUGCUCAAUCAGGAAAUAUCCAAAACAGAACUUGAGGUUUACGAGAAGACAGAGUUUGAGCCAACGAAGCGUGCCAAGGAAGAGCCUGUGGAGAAGCCUGUACUUCAAACAGCUGAGCCGGAAAUCCCAUCGCCCUCUGCGCCUCAGAAGCCGAAGGUUAAGACCAAAGCAAAGAAACAACACCAAGUCACCCCAUUACAAGAAAUACCUACAGAAUCAUUAGUUCCACUCGAACCAGCCAUUGGACACGAAGCUACCCAACAGACACUCGAUACCACACACACUGAAGACAGACGGCCGAUCAGUGCAGACACUGUUGAUUUGCAGGAAGACACGUUCGAAACGAAUGAGUUUGUCGAAACUGAACCGCUGGGUGAUGUUGUGCAACCGGUUGACGUACCGGAAGCAGCCCUGGAGAAGCCUGAGGUUUCGCUGAAGCCUCAGGUUACAUCCGCCCCCAUCGAGCAGGUACUGGACGAAACAGUGGAACAGACGGAGGUAGUAGCGGCCGAGCAACCGCAACAAGAGCAGGCAGCUACAUCCGAAAUUCCGUUAGUCGUUACGGAAACCCCAAUCGUGAGUAAACCUAUUCUUGAAGCAGCUCCAAUCGAAGAAGUUCUUGAACAACAGGUUGAAGAGACGGACAAUGUGCCUUCGCUGGCGCUGGAUACCGUACAGGUAGCACCAAGCGAUGUAUCCGAGCAUGCAACCGAGACUCCUACGGUGCAUGGGAAACCUCUACUGGAAGCGGCCCCCGUGGAUGAUCAGUUUGAUGUGUCCGUAGAGGAAGCCGACACCGUCGCGUCGCUGACGUUGAACGAAGAACACCUGACGCCGGUGGACGUAGCGAUGGGUGCGACGGAAGUACCUUCCGUACAGAGUAAACCGACGAUUGCAGCAGCCCCAUCCGAAUCACUUCUGGAGCAACCACUGGAAGAGACCUCAGCGGUGCAGGAGCCCCAGCUGGAGACGGAAAAGCUUGUCCCCGUGGAAGAACAGCGUGCCGAGCCAACGGAAGAAGCUCAGCUCCAACCAGCGGCCGCCGUUGAAACUGCUCCGGCCGAAGCUCCGAAGAAGGUGGUGAAGAAGGUAACGAAGGUAACGAAGAAAACUAAGAAGUCCAUCGACGAUGACGAGGAACUCCAGCGCUUGCUGAAUCUGGAAAUUGAGAAAACGCAGCUGGAACAGUACGAGAAGGUUGACGUGGAUGGCAAGCCGAAGGUCAAGCCGGAGAAGGGUGAGAUUGUUAAGCUAGAGCCUAUUAAAAUCGAACGUAAGGAACAGAAACCGAUUAAACCCGAAAUCACUGACACACAAGAACCACAAACAGUUAAACUGCGCAAAACCGUUGUACCAGAAAGGCGGGAAGUGGAGGAAGUCGCCGUACCGAAGGUGCUGCUCAAGAGCCGCAUCGAACAUGUGGAGUUUUCCGUGCAGGGACAGCAGCCUGAGAUCGUGCAGCUAGACACCCGACCGGGCGUGGGUACGUUGUCGCGCAUUGAGGAGGACGAAGUGGAGCGUACGAAGAAGGUUAUCAAGAAGGUAAAGGUUAUCAAAAAGGAAAAGCCCCAACUGGAAACGCUGGACAUUGAAAAGUACGAAAAGGAACCAAAACAGGAAGAGCCCAAGGAUGAAGAAAAGUCACAAUACCAGCGGCAGCCAAAGGAAGCACCAAAGGAUGAACCGGAAGAGCGCACGCUGCAGAUGGGUAAGGGUAAGUUAAAGAAGGACGAAGAACACCACGAAGAGGUGAAGCUGAAGAAAACGCCAUCCAAACCGAAGGAGGAAACUGUGGAAGAAGUAAAACCGAAGAAACAAACUCAAGAAAAACCAAAAGAAGAAGAUCUGGACAACAAAAAACGAACUGUUGAAAAGCCGAAGUUCACUCCAACCGAUAUUCCAGACUAUGAAACACCGCUGGAACCGUACGUAAAGUUGGAACCCGAGCCGGAAGAAACACCAGUGCAGGAGCCAGAAAAACCGAAAGUUCCCAAGGAACCAAAGGUACCGGAAAUUCCGGAAGAACCAGAGCACAAGAUUGUUCUGGGUAAGGGUAAGAAACCGGAACCGGAACCAGAAGAUGAGUUCAAGUUCCGCAAACCGGUACCUACUAAACCGGAGGAAGAAAAGGAAGAGAUCAAGCUGAAACCUUUCACAAAACCAACACCCGACACAGAGCCCAAAGAGCGUGACGGUGAUCGUGACAUGGCUUUGCCAGUGCCGAAGGACGUACCAGAUGAUGCAGAUACAGAAACAACCAAGAAAAAGAUAGUUAAAAAGGUUGUUAAAAAACCUAAGGUGCCUGCCGCGGAAGAGCCCCAACCUGAAGAGGCUGUGCAAGUGCCAGAAGCAACAGUGCCCACUGAGGUACCUGCUCCUGUAGCCGAAGAAGUCGUACCAGAACCUACCAAAGAAGUUGAGAAACCUAAGGAAGUACAAGUGGAGCAACCGAAAGAGGUGGUACUGCCACAACCGGUCGUGGAAGAGACACAAGUUCUUCCUGCCCCACAGGUGCCAGAAGAGAAACCGAUCGAAACUGUACAAGAACCCACACCGGAGGUAAAACAAGAGAUCCCGGUUGGAGUGCAGGAGCAGAAGGAGAAGGUAAUCAAGAAGAAAGUUGUGAAAAAACCAAAGAAAAAACCUGAAGACGAUGCCGAGCUGGAGCGAUUGUUGAACUUGGAGGUCGAAAAAACAGAGCUGGAGACAUAUGAAAAGAUUGACCUCGAGCCGAAACCGAAAGAAGCACCGCUGCCGGUCGAAGUGCCGGCAAAGGUGGCGGAACCGAUUGUUGAAAAGCCAGCCGUUGUUGCACCGGUCGUUGAAAAAGCACAAAUUAUCGAAGAAAUAGCUGAACCGGAGGAAGUCAGUGCUAUUGCACCUGCGGAAGUGUCGAAACCAACCGAACCUGUGCCGAAACAAGUACCAGAGGAGGUUGUUACCGCUGUGCAAGAACCGGCGGUUGUUGUUCAUACAGACGAACCAAAGCCCACGCCUGUGGAGCCGGAACCGGUAGAAUUACCGGUUGAGCCAGCAAAGAUUGAAGAGAAGAAACCGGUGGUCAAGAAGAAGGUAGUAAAGAAACCCAAGAAAGCAUCUAUUGAGGAUGAUGAACAGUUGCAGCGUCUGCUGAACAUGGAAAUUGAAAAGACCGAGCUUGAAAAGUACGAGAAAAUCGACGUAGACAUCAAGAAGCCAGAGAAGACGACUGAAACGGUUGAGGAGCCUCGCAAAGCACAGGUGGCUGAGGUUGAAGAACCUGAACCGGUAGAGGUAACACUAAAACCCAAGAAGACCGUUAAGAAGCCAGUAGAACCGGAACCAGUUGAGGCUGAGUUUAAGAUUGCGAAGAAGCCACGAUUACCCGAAGCUCCACAAGAAGUGGAGGAGCAAAUCGUUCUGAAACCAACGCCACAGAAAACGGAAGAAACGGUAAGUGUUGAGCGAAUCAUCAAGAUUGAGGUCGAGCAACCGGAGCCGGUCGAAGCACCGACCAUUGAAGAGGUCGAAGCGGAUGAACCACAGCCCGUGGAAGAUCUAGAAACGGUGGAGCCAGUGGUUGAAGAGCCGUCAGAACCGGAACCGGCCCCAGUAGAAGAAAUCGUACCAGUACAACCUUUGGUGGAAGAAGUACACGAUGUACAGCCGAUCAUAGAAGACGCUGUCAUUGAGGCGCUGUCGGAGGAACUCCCAACGGUGGUGGAGUCGGUACCGAUACAACCCAUCGUGGAAGAACCGCAAACGGUGACACCACUGCGGAAAGUUUCACUCAAACCGGUUGAACCUCAGCCAGAAGCGGUGGAGAAGAAACCGAUCGAGAAACCUAAGAAAAAGGUAGUUGUUACGAAGAAAAAGAAGGCAAGUAUCGACGAUGAUUCGGAGUUGCAGCGAUUGUUGAAUUUGGAAAUUGAAAAAACCGAACUCGAACAGUACGAACGCGUCGAUGUGGAUCUACGCAAGCGCGAGAAGGUAAAGGUUGAAGACCAACCACAACCGCAACAAGCGGUAGAGUCGACGAUCGAACCCGAAGACAGUGCACAGGUGAAAUUGCCACGAAAGAAGAGCAAACCGAAGGUGGAAACGAUCGAGGAAACUGAGGUGGAGUUUAAGAUCAAACCCAAAAAGCAACCUGUUGCGGAAGAAACGGUACAAGAAGCAACAGUAUCAUUGAAGAAACCUAAGAAGCCUGUUGCAGUUGUUGAGGAAACGGCCACUGAAGAGGUGGUUUUAUUGAAACCGGCCGCUCCCCAACCGGAAACGGUGGAAGAUGUGGAGGAAUCGAUUAAGCUGAAGCCAAAACCAGCACCAUACACUACCGAUGAGGCGGAAGCAUCGCUUAAGAUAGUGCGCGAAGCAGAACAACCCGCUGCACCAGAGCCGAUCCAACCGGAACCUGUGAAGAUCGAAGAGAAAAAGCCGGAAAAACCAAAGAAGAAGGUUGUUCCGAAGAAAAAGAAGGAUGACGAUGUUGACGAGAUCACCAAGAAGCUUCUCGAAAUGGAGGUGCCGAAAACUGAAUUGGAAAAGUAUGAAAAAAUCGAUUUGGACAUUGUGAAACCAGCAAAGGAAACCAUCGACGAGGUUACGAUGGUCAAGCGCAAACCGAAAGCGAAAGCUCCUUCGGUCGAAGAGGAGGAAGAGGUAGAGACGAAGCUAUCCCUGCCCCGGAAGAAACCAUCGAUAGCGGAACCAGAGGAGGCGGAAGCUACGUUCAAGGUGGCACGAAAGCCUUCCGCACCGCAACAGCCCGAAGACGUGGAGGCAUCGAUCACGAUUACCAGGGAAGAAGAAGUACCGGCGGAGGAAGAGAUCACCGAGCACGUUGUGGUGCGCAAACAGCGUCCCCGUCCAAAGCCUGCCUUCCGACGCGAGGUGCUGGACGAGGAGGAGGUGCGCAUCAAGAAAAUCAAAAAGGUACGCCAGCCGCGUCCAGUUUUCAAGGACAUUGAGCCGGAAAAUGUGACGUUCCGUCCAAAGCGCACCAAACACAUUGAGGACAUUGAGCAGGAGUUCAAGAUACAGCUUGAUUCGUACGCGCGCGAAGAAAUUUCCAUGUCCGGCCGGGUGAAGCUGCCGACACCGUACAGUUACGGUGAAGAAACCGGUGAGGCUCACAUCACGAUCAUCAAGCAGGUGGAUGAAGAUGAUGAGGUCGUGUAUGAGGUAAUCUACGACGAUAGCGAGCAGGACGCGGAGGAAGAGUACCGGUACGAGGACGAAGACACCGAAAACGUCGUGAUCGAGCUGCGCAGACGGCGCGAGAAGCUCGAGAACUUGAUCAUGCACCACGAGGAAGAAAUCUCACUCGAUCUGACGCAACGAAACAGAUCACAGUUCACCACCACCACACACGAAGAUGAAUCAUUCACACUGAAACAGCCCAAGAAAGUCCUACCAACAUACUCAGAAGAAACGGCAUCGCUGAAAAUUGUUCGCGAAGAAGAUGCCAACGACAUGUACUGUAUUCAGGCGGUAGAAGCCGAAAAUGAAGAGGCACUACACAUCGUGGAAGGAGAGAAGGUCUAUGUCAUCGAACACAGCAACUCCGAAUGGUGGUACGUGAAGCGUUCGUGGUGUGAAGAGCGCGGUUUCGUCCGUCGGGAAUACCUGAUGGAUGCAGUCACCUAUCCGCAGUACGUACAGAAGACAUUGAACGAGAAGAUUGACAAGCUGCCGGUGUUUGAAAGGCCAGGCCCUGGCGAUAAACCGCUCGCUCCGAAGAUAAUCGAGAAGCUGCAACCGAUCACUACUCAGGAUGGCUAUACCGUGCAAUUCGAGUGCAAGGUCGAAGGAUUCCCAAGACCCUCGAUUACCUGGUUCCGCCAAACGGCUGUCAUUAAACCCUCGCCAGACUUCCAGAUAUACUACGAUGAUGACAACGUGGCUACCCUGAUCAUUCGGGAAGUGUUCCCGGAAGAUGCUGGUACGUUCACGUGUGUCGCGAAGAAUAUUGCUGGUUUUGCGUCGAGUGCAACGGAGCUGGUCGUGGACUCGUUCAGCUCAGACCAUGGUUCCGACGUUGCAACACUGUCACGCAAGAGCAUGUCGCGCGAGUCCUCUUUGGCCGACAUUCUCGAAGGCAUUCCGCCAACCUUCUCACGCAAACCGAAGGCACAGUACGUCGAUGCUGGGUCUGAUGUACUGCUUGAGUGCCGUCUCGUCGCAGUGCCGGAACCGGACAUUCUCUGGUACUACAACGGAGUGGAGAUUGAAAGCAAGGACAACGUGCAAGUUGUCGUGGAGUCGGACAUGCACAUGUACUGCACGGUGGUUCACAUCAAGGGUAUCGACAAGGUACAGGAAGGUUCGUACCAGGUGGUCGCUCGCAACCGCGAAGGUGAAUCGUCCCUGGACAUCAUGGUGAAGGUAAAGACCGGUGUACAGGAACCGCCCCAGAUUUUGGAACCGCUCAAGAGCAUGACGAUCCGCCAGGGUGAGACGGUAAUGCUGUCCACCCAGAUCGUCGGUAAUCCUGCACCGGAAGUACAGUGGUUCAAGAAUGGCGUUGCUUUGGACGUAGCUACACAAACUGACCGUAACAUCUACACCGUGACGCUAGUGGCACCGACACAUGACAAUGCUGGCGAGUACACCGUUCGAGCCAAGAACCCUGCCGGAAGCGUCGAAACAAGUGCCUUCCUUACGGUGGAUGAGUCGAACGUCGGCAACCCGCAGGCUCCACUCUUCUUGGAGCGUUUCGAAGAGCAGAGUGUACCGCAAGGAGGUACAAUCAAACUUCCGGCAAGGGUGACGGGUAAUCCGGUACCGGAGAUUCUAUGGCUGCGCAACAACAACACACUGCUGCCUUCCAAACGCGUCAAGCAGGCGUACGACGGCGAAAGCAUAGAGCUGUUGAUCAACAAUGCCGAUUCGGAACAAGACUCGGGCAACUACAAGUGUAUUGCUUCCAAUACGAUCGGCAAGGCAUCGCAUGGUGCGCGUGUUACAGUGGAGGUAGAUAAGGUUACCUUCACGAAGAAGCUGAAGAAGACGAUCACGGUGGAGGAAAGCAAAGCAGUCACGCUGGAAUGCGAGACUUCGCAUACCGUCUCCACCAAAUGGUUCCACAACGGCAAAGAGCUCAGCGGUAUGGAUCAUCGUAUGAUUGUGCAGGAGGGUAAGGUGCACAAGCUAAACAUCAAGAACCCAACCAUCAACGAUACGGGUGUGUACCGGUGCACGGUCAAGGACCAGCAGACCGAAUGUAAUUUAACGGUCAUCGAAGCUAAGCCUGAGUUCCUGCGUAAGCUGGAAGAUAUCGAAACUAAGGAGAAGGAACCCGCCGUUCUAGAGGUUGAGAUUACCUCGGAAACGGCAGACGUUACGUGGUACAAGGAGGGUCGAAAGCUAGUCGAAACCACUGGCAAGUAUGAGUUCGCCAAGAAGGGUAAAUCACGCGUGCUGUUUGUGCGCAACACCUCAGUUCAUGACGAAGGCGAGUACACCUGUGCGCUUGCCGAUCAGGAAUGUUCGGCGGAAGUGUCCAUUAUUGAGCUUCCACCAGAGAUCAUCAAGGCUCCACGCGAUGUAACCGUGGCUCGGGGCGAAGAUGCCAUCUUUGAGCUAGAGCUUACGAAGGGUGAUGCCCUGGUGCGUUGGUACCGCAACGAAGAUGAACUGUCGUUCAAUGGACACGUGCAACUGACGAUCGAUGGUAAGCGACAAACGCUUAAGAUUAACAAGACCGUCGAUUCGGACGCCGGCGAGUACACGUGCGUGGUUGGCGAACAACGGGCCAAGGCUCGGCUGACCGUCGAGAAACCGGUUGUCGAUUUUGUACGACGUCUGCCAGAAGUUACUCUGACCACACGAGAUAACGAUGCCGUAUUCACGGUGGAGCUCUCCGAGUCAGCCGAUGUCGUAUGGUACCGCAACAACCAGAUCAUUACCGCCACCAGCAAGUACGAAGUGGUUGUCGAAAAGUGCAUUCGCAAACUGAUCGUCAAAAACACGGUCGAAGAUGAUGAGGAUGAGUACACGUGUACCGUGUCGAAUGCUAAGACUUCUUCGAAGCUGAAGGUCGAGAUUAUAAAGGUUGCUCCCACGAUCUUUGAGGAUGGACCUCGCGCGUUCACUAUCCGCAAGGAUGAAGACGUUACGUUCAGCGUUAAGUUUAACGCCACGCCAAAGCCUGAAGCGGAGUGGCGCGUCAACAAGCGGGUCAUCAUCCCAUCGGCAAAGUUCGUCUCGACUGUGACAGAAGAGACGGCUAGCUUGACGAUCAAACGUGCUGCUGAGGUUGAUGCUGGAGAGUUCACUCUGAAGCUAACCAACGAGUGUGGUGAUGCAAGCGCCUCCUUUACGCUCGUAAUCAAAAAGCAACCGGGAGCGCCAGAAGCACCGGAAGCAACCCUCAUUACGGAUGACUCCAUCACACUGUUCUGGAAGGCACCGAGCGACGAUGGCAACAGUCCCAUCACGCAAUACGUGCUUGAAUACCAGGAAAAGAACCAACAGAAGUGGACCGAGAUUACAAGCAUCACCGAAACGACCACGACAGUGACGAAGCUGACGAAGAAUUCCGAGUACACAUUCCGUGCCACAGCGGUCAACGAGGUGGGCAAGGGUCCGGCAUCACCAAACUCGCCCUACUACAAGAUUGUGGCACCGAUUCAGAAGGAAGCUCCAACGGUAAGCGAGCACCUGAAGGAUGUGCACGUUGGGCUCGGACAGUCGGUCACGCUGAGCUGUAUCGUAACGGGAGUGCCCGUACCGGAUGUCGCCUGGUUCCGCAAUGGACAGCCGAUCAAGCAAGAUGUCGUAUCGUACGAGAACGGCUCGGCUAAAUAUCAGCUCAAAUCAACCACCGUGGAGAGUGGCGCCAAGUAUACGUGCCGUGCAACCAACGAGGUUGGCAGUGUCGAGAGCAGCUGUCAGGUGGUGAUCGAGGAAAAACCGACGCUGACGGUGGAGAAGAAGCAGAUUGUGCAGAAGUUGCGUGUUGGCGACGAAUGGAAGGUGAUCGCCGAAUUUACUGGCUAUCCCGCCCCGGAACUAAUCUGGCACCGAGAGGACGAGAAACUUACGUCCACGGCAGAGCAUACGAUUGUGACCGUCGGUCAAUCAUCGACCAUUGUCAUCUCUUCGCUGGAUCGUGCGCACACGGGCAAGUAUACGGUAGAAGCGCGCAAUUCCGCCGGUUCAGCGACGGUCGAGCUGACGCUGAAGGUGAUCGACAAGCCGAGCAAACCGGAAGGACCAAUCGUUGUGCGCGAACUCAGUCCCGAGGCAGUGGUUAUCGAGUGGAAGCCUCCGUCCGACGAUGGUGGUCUGGAAAUUUCGCAGUUCACCAUCGAGAAGUGUGACGAUGCGAACAAGAACGCCUGGAUCAAGGUGGCGGACGUGCAGCGUAACAUCAAGUCGUAUUGCAUCCAGAAGCUGAUCGAUAGCACGCAGUAUCACUUCCGUGUGAUUGCCCAGAAUCCGGUCGGAUGUUCGGAACCGUUGGAAAGUGCUACGGUCAAGAUCCAGCAGACGAUCGAGCCACCAUCGCUACCGCGUGGUCCAAUCGAAACAUCCGGAAUGACAAGCAACUCGUUCACGCUCAUGUGGCAACCAUCCGAAUCGAAUGGUGGCAGCAAGAUCACCGAGUACGUCGUUGAGGUUAAGGAAGCGAAGAAGAAGGUGUGGAAGGUGGCCGGAACGACCAGCGCCUCGGAAACUUCGCUGCUGAUCGAGAACCUAGCCAUGAACAAGGCGUACGACUUCAAGAUCAUCGCCAAGAACAAGGUUGGCUCAAGUGAACCACUCCAGACGGUGGAAGCUAUCGUUGCCGGAAAGGAAAUUACUCCACCAUCAGCGCCGCGAAAUCUGCGCAUCACGAACGUGACCAGCAAGAGCGUGAAGCUCGAGUGGCAGCAACCGGAAACGAAUGGAGGCUCAGACGUAACAGGAUACAUCAUCGAGAAGCGACUGACAACCGCACAGCAGUGGACCAAGAUCAAGACGCUCGAGUCCAACUGUCUGUCGUACUGUGUGGACAAUAUGAAGGAAAAGACCGAACUGUUGUUUAGGAUAUUUGCCGAGAAUGCGGUCGGACUGAGUUCGCCAACGGUGUCGGAGAGUGUUGUGCUGAAGACACAUGCCACUGUUCCGUCCCCACCAACUGGUCCGUUGGAGGUACGCUACCUAGGACCCAACAUUAACAUCGUCGAGUGGGGCAUUCCAGAGUCGGACGGUGGUGCACCGAUCGAGGGCUACAACAUCGCCAUCCGGAACGCGAAGAAGACGAUGUGGAUGGAAGUUGGUCGGGUGGCGGCAGACUGUCAGUCGUUCAACAUUAAGGAUCUGCAGGAAAGCGAAGACUAUCUAAUCCGCAUCAUGGCUCGCAAUGAGGUCGGUAUCAGCGACCCGCUGGAAUCGGAGGAACCGUACACUGUGCAACUUGGUGCCGCACCGGACGAUGUGCACGAUGAAACGACGAGAGACUUCUCGGAGCCCACCGGCACUAACACGUCAUCCUGGCUGCGGGAACACAACAUGACGGCUGACAUCAACAGCUACGCCCGCCAUAAGCUGCUGAGGAGAAGCGAAUACUUCUUCAAGCUGUGGGUCAACGCUAAAAAUCUGUUCAAGUAG